UGUAACUCUAGUGAGUGGUUUGGUGUCAGGAAGGAGCCGGGUGAGGACUUUUGGGGGCUGUAGCCUUCAUCACCAUGGCUACAGCGAAAUUGGAGCCGCCUGGUGCGGGCUUCAUUAUAGCGCUAGCAUUCAUCACACAUAUCUCAAUGGUUUCUGCUCAAUUGAACUUAGGACAAGGACUUCAAAGAGAGAUAUUUUUCCUGAACCUCGAAGACGGAUAUUUUGGGUGUCAGGUAAACGAAUCAACAGAGGUGCUUCAGCUGUUCGAAGUAUCCAAACUCUGUGACGGUAUACCCAACUGCUUCCUGGCUUCCGACGAGAACUUCAAUGAGUUAAAAUGCACCAACAACUGCCCGUACACGCAGGGCUACAAGUGUACCAACGGCGCCUGUCUGGACGGUCUCUGUCACUGUAAUGAUGGUUACGGUGGCUGCGGCUGUGAAUCACCAGAUGAGAACGAGUGCAAGUACCGGCCGUGUGACGUGUUCGCCUCGUGCACCAACACCCUCGGCUCCUUCUACUGCACCUGUUUCCCGGGUUACGAGGGUGACGGCUUCUCCUGCUCCGACAUCGACGAGUGCCUCAUACCGGAGCUCGCGGCCAAGUGUGCGGAGGAUGCCGAGUGUUGCAACUUACCUGCUCACUACACCUGCAAGUGUAAGGAUGGCUUUACCGGAGAUGGCUACAAUAGUUGUACAGAUAUCGACGAGUGUUCCUCCCCCGAGGCGUGUGGGGGUAACGCUCUCUGUUCCAACCUGCACGGCAACUACACCUGUACCUGUCCUGAGGGCUUCAUUGGCAACCCCUACACCGGCUGUGCCGACAUGGACGAGUGCCUACGCUCAGACAGCUGCGGCCCGAGUGCCAAGUGCCGCAACCGUGAAGGAGGACAUGACUGUGAGUGUCCCACGGGCUUCGGCGGUGACCCAUACUCCCGCUCUGGCUGUCAGGAUAUUAACGAGUGUGAGACCAGUCCAUGUGCUGCCAACGCCCUCUGCGCGGAUGGUAUCAACAAUUUCACCUGCGCCUGUCCCCCGGGAUUCAUCGGUGACCCCUACAACAAUUUCGGCGCUUGCAAAGAUGUAAACGAGUGUGUGGACCCGACCACGGAGAGGAGCCCGGAUGACGAGGUUGAGGCCACCACCUCCUACACCUUCGAUGUGACGGAUCUGGACGGCCUCAUGGGCACACUCCUGCCGGGGCUCCUUGAGGCCUCCAACUGGACGUUCCCCUGUGGGCAUUCGGCGACCUGUAUGAAUACUCAGGGUUCCUUCGAGUGCCGGUGUCCCCAGGGCUUCACGGGCGACCCUUACCAGAAGUGCACGGACGUAAACGAGUGCGGGCUGGCCACCACCUGCAGCCCUAACGCCAAGUGCCUUAAUGUCCCCGGGUCCUACAAGUGCUUCUGUCCUUCAGGAUACGAGGGAGACGGAAAGGAGUCCUGCAGCAACGUGGACGAAUGCCUCACUCAACCCUGCGGUGAGAACGCCAUCUGCCUGGACAAUGUGGGCAGCUACUCGUGCCAGUGUAAGGAGGACUACACCGGUAACGCCUACAUUGGCUGUGUCGACAUCGACGAGUGCACGGCAUACAACCGCCCGUGUGGCUUCAACGCCUUGUGUCAGAACACCGAACCUGGCUACACCUGUGUGUGUCCUCAAGGCUUCUCCCCCAGACCCACGCCCCAAGUAGCCUGUGAACAGGCUGAAGUGAGCAUCAUCUGUGGGUCCAACUUCGACUGUGUGAACAACGCCGUUUGUCAGGAGGGUCAGUGUUACUGCCGGGAAGGAUUCAAGGCCGUGGGUGCCGAGUGCCGGGACGAGGACGAGUGCCUACUGUCCCCCUGUGGAGCCAACGCCCAGUGCCAGAACGUGCCAGGCAGUUUCCAGUGUACCUGUAACUUUGGCUUCAUCGGCGACCCUCCACAGUCCGUCUGCAAAGGACGUGUCGGGCGCAAGGGUCCCCGACACAGACGCGGACGAGUGUUGGGGUGUGGAGCAUGGGAGGUGUCGUCGCCGUGCGGGGAGAAGGCCAAGUGUAUUAACACCCUGGGCUCCUUCCACUGCGUCUGCCCGUACCUGCCAGUGCUUUUACCCUGGAGGUUAAAGUGCCCCAAACCCGUGAAGGCGUUCCAGUGUGGCGACAACUCCUCUGUAAAGCCAUUGACGGCACUGGAGGCUAUGUGUAUGUGUAACCCCGGUUGGAUUCAUGACCCCGCCGACAUCUCCGCCGGCUGUACGUCGACGAGUGCUCAGCUGGGAACUGUCCUCUGGCCAGUGUGGGACACGCCAUCUGUAACAAACACACUGGGAUCCUUACCCAAGUCAAAGUCCUUCAGGAUUUCAGGCAAUCCUAACACCAAGUGCCAAGAUGUGGACGAGUGUCGCCGGCCCGGGUCGUGUGGCGUGGGGGCUGACUGUACCAACACCGUCGGCUCCUACACCUGUACCUGCCCCGCCAAUACCGUGGCUGACCCUGACCCCUACACCCAGUGUCUCGAUAUUAUGAAGUGCAACACUGACGACGACUGUCCAGGCAAUGCCCUCUGUCUCCUCAACCAGUGCAUGUGUCCGGAGCCCAACAUUGGUGACGACUGUCGACACCCUUGUGAGGACGUGCGAUGCGGCCCCAACGCCGGGUGUAAGCUGAUCAACGGGCAGCCGAGGUGUAUGUGUGGUCAGGGUUACUCCGGCAAUCCCAAUGGCGUGUUUGGCUGUACAGACAUCGAUGAGUGUGCUAAUGCUCCCUGCGGCACCGGUGCCAUCUGCCGCAACGAACCAGGAAAGUUCACUUGUGAAUGUCCCUCUGGCUUCGAGGGCGACCCCACCAGGGAGGGCUGCAAAGAAGUUGCAUCUAAAGGAUGCAGCCCCACCCAGCCCUGUCCUUCAGGCGAGCAAUGCAUCACAGACGAGUCCAUUGGGCAGAACGUGUGUGUUUGCCGACGUGGCUACACGAGGGACCAGGGCACCGAUCGAUGCCGCGACGUCAACGAGUGCAUAGAGAACCGCGUCAACCAGCCUGUGUGUGGUCUCAACGCUAACUGUAAGAACCUGCCAGGUUCCUAUGACUGCCAGUGUCCUCCGGGCUACGUUGGCAACCCCUUCAACGGUUGCGAGAAAUGUAACACGCUGGAGUGCACGUGCCUGCCGCCAUACCGCAUCGUGGAUGGGACCUGUGUGUUAGCCGACUGUGCUCUGGGUAACCCAUGCCCUGCGGGGGCCGAGUGUGUCACCAUCCAGGGGGGACUGAGCUACUGUGCUUGCCCCUCCGGCUACACCACCCUCCCCGACGGCUCCUGCCAGGAUGUAGAUGAGUGCACGGUACCUCGCCCAGACAGCCGCCCUCCCUGUGCUCAGGGCGCUCAGUGUUACAACCAGGUGGGCAGCUAUGAGUGUCGUUGUGCCCCUGGCUCUACCGGCGACCCCUACACCUCUGGGUGCUCUGUGGUAGAUCUCCAGUGCUCCAGCGACGCUGAGUGUGACGACAAUGAGAGGUGCAUCCAGCCUGGUAAGUGUGUGUGUCCUCCACCGUACUAUGUUGACAACCAGGACGACAACAAGUGCAAGAGUCCCUGUGAGGCGUACUCGUGCGGCAUCAACAGCAAGUGUACACCCUCAGACCCACCCCAGUGUAUGUGUCUACCAGGCUUCCAUGACGGCGGCCCCACUGGUUGUAUCGACAUUGAAGAGUGCCGCGAAAACCCUUGCGGCCAGAACGCCAUCUGUAUAAACGAAAUUGGAACGUACAAGUGCGAAUGUCCGCCAGGAACUGUGGGCGACCCCUUCGUCGGCCCUUGCACAGGAACGCAGUUGGUUAAGUGUGUGAGCGACAGUGACUGUCCUGGGGACCUUGCGUGCACCCCCACAGGUGCCUGUGUCAACCCCUGUGACUCGCUACCCUGCGGCGCUAACGCCUACUGCGAGGCAGAGGAACACGCCGCCUGGUGCCGCUGCCACCCAGGCUAUGCUGAGGGACCUAACGGUGACUGUGUGUCUAUGUGUGAAGGUUUCCUCUGUGGCCACAACUCCAACUGUAUCGUAGCCCGUGACGGCCCCACCUGUAAGUGCGAACCGAGCUUCAACGGCAACCCAUUCCCAGGUGGUGGAUGUGCCCCCGACCAGUGCUCAGGAGUUACCCCAUGCCAGGACCCACAGGUGUGUGUCAAUGGCAGGUGUAAGGAACGCUGUGAAGGCGUCGUUUGCGGCGUUGGUGCCAAGUGUGACAAGAACACCAACAGGUGUGUGUGUCUGCCCUUCUUCCUGGGCGACCCUGACCUCCUGUGUGUACCCCCUGUGAUGCCACCACUGUGUACUCCUGGCUGCGGCUCCAACGCCCACUGUGAGUAUGGUCAGCCCAACAGGUGUAUCUGCAACACUGGCUACAGCGGCAACCCGUACGAGUCCUGCCAGUCUGAGGAGACGAAGGUCGACUGCUCCACCACCAAGUGCGGUGCAGGUGCUCAGUGUCGACAAGGCAUCAAUCGCGUCGACUGCGUCUGCCCCGUCGGCUUCCAGGGCAAUCCCUAUGUGGAGUGCGUUGAUAUUGACGAGUGCAUCGGCAACGCCUGCGGCAUGAACGCUGUCUGUCUCAAUACUCCCGGCAGCUUCGACUGUCGCUGUCAGGAAAACUUCUUUGGCAACCCCUUCCAGAUGUGCAUGCCAAUACAACCUGCUACAGAGUCCUGUCUCGAAGAUCCUGAGGGAUGUGGUGUAUCUGACUGUGUCGAUGUUGUGUGUGGACCGAACGCUGCCUGCGACCAGGGCAGCUGUGCGUGUCUUGUUGGGUUCCAGGGCGACCCUGAUGACCUUACUCAGGGCUGUCAAGCUUCUGGCUGCCACAACGACCUUGACUGUGACGACAACGAAAUUUGCUUCUCACUGAACAGACGACGGACGUGUGUGGACGCCUGUAACAAGGUGGAAUGUGGCCCUAAUGCUAUCUGCGUGGCCCAGGGACAUCGUUCCUCAUGCCUCUGUAAGGAGGACUAUCUUGGAAACCCCAGCGACCCCGUUUCCGGAUGUCAGCCAGAAGACCGCGAAAGUCACUGUGACAAGGACGACGAUUGUAGUGAGGGGCAGGUGUGUCAGGUUGACCUGCAGGGCAAUAAAGGCUGUGUGGACCCCUGCUUCUCCCACACCUGUGGUCAGUACGAACUGUGCUACGUGCAGGAAGGACGACCUCUGUGUCGCUGUGAAGAGGGAUACCGCCACAACCCAACCACCAACCGCUGCCAAAAACCAGCCGUGCCAGACUGUCAGAGUGACCGUGAGUGUGUCCUCAGCGCCGCUUGCAAACCCGACCAACUGGGAGUCCUCAAGUGUGUGGACGUGUGUCAGGGCUUCAACUGCCCGCUUCACUCAACAUGUUUCGCCAGCAACCAUCGCGGACAGUGCCAGUGUGACCCAGGCUUCACCGGGAACCCCAACGACCGGAGUGGGUGCCGCCCGCUGCCCCGCGAUGACUGUAUAUUAGAUGCUCAGUGUCCCGAGACCCAAAAGUGCCAGGCUCAAGGUAACGUGCGUAAGUGUGUUGAGGUGUGUUCCACUCUGCGCUGUGGCCCGGGUGCUGUCUGUAUCCCCAACAACCACGCCGCUCAGUGCCAGUGUCCUCCAGGUCUCUUCGCUGGGGAUCCUAAUGACCCAGUGAGUGGUUGUUCCUCCGUCAGCUGCAUCAUCAACGCUGACUGUCCCACUGACAAGGCUUGUAACAGAUUAGAUUUCACAUGUUUCGACGUGUGUUAUGACGCCUGUGGUGACAACGCCAUCUGCAUCGCUGAGGAUCACCGUCCUAACUGCAAGUGUCCUCCAGGUUCCCGGCCCAACCCAUCGGCGGACAUCGAGUGUAAAGCCGUAGACUUGUGCGACCCCAACCCAUGUCACUCCUCGGCUACAUGCACCCCUGCAGGAGGGAGUCACCAGUGCUCCUGCCCGGCAGGGAUGGUAGGCGACCCGUACACCACCGGCUGCCACCCAAAGGGAAUGUGUCCUAAUGGCAAUGACGAUUGUUCACUUGACAGUGUCUGCAUCAACGGCCGCUGUUCCUCACCUUGUGACCGUGCCUGUGGGCCUAAUACCCUUUGCAACGUGGUCAACAGGAAACCAAUUUGCAAUUGUCCACCAGGUUUCCAACCCUACCCAACAUCAGACAAGGGGUGCAACCGAGUAACCUCCCAGUGUAGCAAUGACGCCCAGUGUCAAGGGGGCGUGUGUUUGGAGGGUCAGUGCCGCGCGGUGUGCCGGGAUAACACUGAAUGUGCCGAGGGUGAGCGAUGUACCACCAAUAUGUGCAUGGUGCCAUGCGUCUCUUCAUCCCAGUGCCCCACCGGCCAGGCUUGCAACAAUGGUAUCUGUCUCCUGGGGUGCCGCAAUAAUGGUGACUGUCCCGCUGAGAAGGGGUGUGUCAACAGCAAGUGUGUCGACCCCUGCACCAAGGACAACGUGUGUGGCUUUAACGCCCAGUGCCGCGUCCAGAAUCAUCGAGCGCAGUGCCAGUGUCCCCAGGGCUUCAAUCCCUCACCCACAGCACAACAAGAAUGUGUUCGAAUCCCUAUCACUUGUGUCUCCGCCGAGGAGUGUGGACAUGGCACCAUCUGUGACUCCGGCAGGUGUAAGCCCGUGUGUCAACAGAACUCUCAGUGUGCUCAGGGCGAGAGUUGUGUUGGAGGAAUGUGUCACAAGGUCUGCUUCGGCGACAGCAACUGCUUGCAAGGAGAAGUUUGUAUCGCGGAUUCGUGUAUGUCAGGCUGCCGCAGCAACGGUGAUUGUCGAGUGAAUGAGGUCUGUAUCUCCAAGAAAUGUAUGUGUGCCAAGGGAUUCCAGCCAGGACCUAACGGAUGUGUGGACUUGGACGAGUGCCAGGAGAAGCCGUGCCAUGUCACAGCCACUUGCGUCAACGUGCCCGGCUCUUAUAAGUGCACAUGUCCUCACUUCACUGUGGGUGACGCGUAUGGAGCUCCCGGCUGCCAGAAACCCAACGAGUGCGAAAAUGACGACCAGUGCGAGGGCGAACAGGCAUGCGAACUCAAUGGAGACGGAAUCCUAAAGUGUGUUGACCCUUGUGCCUCUGCUGUGUGUGGCACCAACGCCCGCUGUAAGGUGGCCGACCGUAAGCCUUUGUGCGAGUGUGAACCGGGCCAUUACGGUGACCCUAACGACCUGUCUCUUGGCUGUGUGCAGGGAGACUGUAUCAGUAAUGGUGACUGUUCCAGCAACAAACUGUGUGACCGACAACGCUUCAAGUGCAUCAAUCCUUGUGACAACACAAACUGUGGUUUUGGUCGGUGCCAGACAGUGGACCACGCUGCCGUCUGUUACUGUGACCGAGGCUUCCAAACAGAUGCCACUGGGUUGUGUGUGGACGUAGACGAGUGCCGUGACACGCCUUGUCACAGGUCUGCGCUCUGCAGUAAUGGUCUCGGCAGCUACACCUGCUUGUGUCCUCAGGGCCAGGUGGGCGACCCCAUCAAAACUGGCUGUCGUACCCCAGGCCAAUGCGUCCAGGACACCGACUGUCCUGACACAGCUGCCUGUGCCAACAAUAACUGCUACAAUCCCUGCACCUCGCCAGGAAGCUGUGGGGCUGGCGCCCAGUGCAUUACUGAGAACCACAAAGCUGUUUGCUUCUGCCCACCACGGUUUACCGGCGACCCCUCCAGCAGCUGUGUCGCUCUUGAAUGUCUGGGCCACAACGAAUGUCCCGGAGACAAGUCGUGUGUUAACAACAGAUGCGUCAAUCCGUGUUCCAUCCCCGGCGUGUGUGGCAAGAACGCUGGCUGCACCCCACAAUCCCACCUCCACCAGUGCUUCUGCCAAGCAGGCUUCACCGGCGACCCCAAUCUUGGCUGUACCACUAUCACCUAUUGCGCCGUCGAGACCGACUGUCCCUCUGGUGAACAGUGCAACGGUGGCGUCUGUGUCCCGUCGUGUACAAGCAACCGUGAGUGUCUCUCAGGACAGGUGUGCAUCGAUGAAACCUGCAUCCCCACCUGCCAGGCCACCACUGACUGUCCUGACCUACAGGUGUGUCAGAACAACAUCUGUGUUCCGGAGGUGAGGUGCCGCCAGAACGGUGACUGCAACACAAACGAACACUGCCGCACCAACAGCGUGGGUCAGGCCGAGUGUAAGGAUGUGUGUAAUGGGCUGACGUUAUGUGGCCGAGAGGCGGAGUGUGUGCCCAUCGACCACCAGCCUGUUUGUCAGUGCCCAAGGGGAUACUUCGGGAACCCCACUGACGAGCGGGUCGGCUGCCGCCAGAUAGAGUGUGAAGGAGAUGACGACUGUGACCAGGACGAACGGUGCGACAACUACAUGUGUAAAGUCGCGUGCCGGGUCAACAACCAGUGUGCUGAGAACGCUGUGUGCAUCUCGGAAGCUCACAAGGCUGUGUGCUUCUGCCGUGAGGGCUACAAGGGUGACCCCCUCAAAGGGUGUCAACCAAUUGACUUCUGUGCUGAAGAGCCAUGUGGAGAAGGUGCCAACUGCUACAACUUCCGCGGUUCACAUAAGUGUCUCUGUCCUCCCAGCACCGUCGGCAACGCGUACACUGAAGGCUGUAAACCACCUGUUGACUGCUUCGUCGACUCCGACUGCCCGUCUUCAGCUUUCUGUGGUGAAGAAAAUGGUGAACCCAAAUGUAAGGAUGUGUGUAAGGGGUCUCUCUGUGGCCCCAAUUCCGAGUGUAGGGCUGCCAAUCACCGUGCCGUCUGUUCCUGCGUCAGCGGCUAUGAGGGUGACCCCACCAACUUGGUGACAGGGUGUCGUCCUCAGGAGAUCACCUGUCGCCUCAACGCCGAGUGUCCACCCAACACCAUCUGUGAUGGAGGACUCUGUAGACCACCGUGCCAGAGCGACAGUGAGUGUGGACUGACAGAAGCGUGUGAGCGCGGUCAGUGCACAAACCUGUGUGACCAAGACCAGGCUUGUGGCCUCAACUCCAUCUGUAAUAUGGUCAACCACAAGCGGGAGUGUUCCUGCCCUCCUGGCUUCACUGGCAAAGCUGACACAGAGUGCUACAGGAUCCCUACAGCCUGUCAGAGAAACAACGACUGUCCUGCUGGCUUCCUAUGUAAGAACGGCGUCUGCAGCGCUGCCUGUACGGGAGACAGUGCCUGUGCCCAGAACGAGAAGUGUAUCAGUGGCUCCUGCAUGUUGACAUGCCGCCUGGACAACGACUGCUUCCUGGGCCACAUUUGUCUUAACAACAUCUGUAUGAUCGGGUGUCGUGCCAAUGAGGACUGCACGGCUAGCCAAGCUUGCCUCAACAACCGCUGCACCGAUCCAUGUGGCUCCUCCGCCGUGUGUGGCCCCAACGCCAUUUGUUCCGUAGUCAACCACAGGGCCCAAUGCGCUUGUCCCACUGGCUUCAUUCCCAACCCAACCCCCAAUGUUGCUUGCUCUAGGAAACCCAUCACUUGUAACAUUAAUUCUGAUUGUUCUUCAGGCUUUAUUUGUAGCUCUCGCACCUGUAUGGCUAUCUGUUCCUCCACGUCAAAUUGUUUGGACACUGAGCAGUGCGACGGCUCCAUCUGUCGCCCCACCUGUCGCCGUGACGACGAUUGUCGCUCGGGAGAAAUCUGCAACCAGCUCAUAUGCACAAGCGGCUGUCGUUCUGAAGUGGAGUGUCCCUCAGACCAGGCAUGUGUCAACAACAAAUGCAUCGACCCUUGUGCGUCCCCGACAGCGUGUGGAGGUAACGCUCUUUGCUUCGUUAAGGGCCACCGCCUUCAGUGUUCCUGCCCAGACAACCUGGUCGGCGACGCUUAUGUUAACUGUCGCCUUCCACCAACCUCCUGCACCAAUGACCAGAACUGUCCUCCGGAUAUGACCUGCUUCUCUGGCACCUGCCGCCCACUGUGUACCAGUGACCAGGCCUGUUUCAACAAUGAACGGUGCGUGGGUGGAGUGUGCAAGGAGAUCUGUAGCUCCGAUACUCAGUGUGGCAUAGGCAACAUCUGUGAAGGCCGCCUGUGUAUUGUUGGUUGUCGUUCAGAAUCCACUUGUCCAUCUCAUGAGUCUUGCAUCAACCGCCAGUGUCGCGACCCGUGUGAGGGAACCACAAGCUGUGGUACAUGUGCCGAGUGUCAAGUGGUGAACCAUCAAGCACAGUGUAGCUGCUCAGCCAACACCGUGGGCAACCCGCAAACCGCUUGCACUACACCAACUCGACAGUGUUUCUCUGAUAGCGAGUGCGGUUUCCAGGCAUCUUGUAAAGGCGGUUUCUGUGUGAAGGCUUGUAAGUCUUCUGAUCAGUGCAACUGUGGCGAGACCUGCAGUGAUGGAUACUGUUACGCCCAGUGUGGUCAAGACCAGGACUGCUCCCAAAGCUUUUUAUGCCAAGCUGGUGUGUGCGCCGUAGGGUGCCGAGCCAACACUGACUGUCCACUCACUCAAGGCUGCAUCAACGGCAAGUGUGAAGACCCCUGUAAUGAUAAAGCGUGUGGUGACAACACCUACUGCCGCGUCUCCGAUCACCGCCCACUCUGCUUCUGUCUUAGUGGCUACCAUGGCGUUCCCAAAGACGGCUGUGAAAAGUACGAGUGUCUCAGUGACUCUGAAUGCGAACAAGAACAGGUUUGUAUCAACCUCGAGUGCAAGAACCCGUGUCUGGAGGGAACCUGUGGCAAAAACGCCCGCUGUCGCGUCGUGAACCGCGAAGUGGAGUGUUCCUGUCCUCCCACGUACUUCGGUAACCCUAAAUUGGAGUGCAAGAAAGAAAUCGACGAGUGUUUGAAAGACCCUUGUCCCAACAAUGCUCGUUGUAUCAACACAGUUGGUAGUUUCGUCUGCGUCUGCAAACCUGGUUGCCACAGCUACAACAACAAGACUGGCUGCAUCUGUUCCUUUAACCAGCUCGACGAACCCUGCAAGCGAGUCUCGUGUGGCCAAAACGCCAAGUGUCGCGCCAAUGGCUCAGAGGGCGAGUGCUACUGCCCAGAUCAUCUUCCAAAUGGCGACCCACGUAAUAAAUGCACAGGAGAUUGCAGAGAGACAGGUUGUGGGUUGGCAGCGUCUUGCCUCAGGGAGUCCGACGGCAGCUACGAGUGUCGGUGCCGAGACUCCAGCUGGACGGGUGAUCCCUACGUGGAGUGUGCGCCAGGACACUUGUAUGGCGGAACAGGUGUGGCCUGUCGACCAGACCCCGCCUGUGUCAUCACCCAACGGCCGCCCCUUGAGCCGCCCCUUGUGAAUGGGUGUCGGAAGGACGGUGACUGCGACGAGCGUCGGGCGUGCGACGCCGUUAGCGGCACCUGCUACGACCCCUGUGGUCGCGAGCCCUCAGUUUGCGAACCUAAUAAAGUGUGUGAAGUCAGGAAGCACAAAGCCACCUGUAUAUGCAAGCACGGCUUUGUAAUAAACUCAGUGGGAGAGUUUGUGUGUGCGACAGGACCCAUAGACUGCCGGGAGGACGACGACUGUGCCCCCAACCUGGCGUGUGUCAGCAACAGGUGCACCAACCCCUGCCUCAACGGCCGCCUGUGCCCGUCUAACAAGCAGUGUGAAGUGCUCAACCACCGCCCCAUCUGCGUCUGUCUCAAGGACUGCACGGCCUCUGUCACCAUCUGCCUCAGGGACGAAGGAUGCGCGCCCACAGAGGCGUGCGUGUCCUACCAGUGCGUGGACCCGUGCGCCUCUCAUGGGUGCCCCGGGGAAACGCCCUGCUACGUGGAGGACCACAAGCCACUGUGUAAAUUCUGCCCGCCAGGCUUUACUGUCGAUCCCAACUUUGGCUGUGUGAAAGCCGUAGGAUGUCGGGAUGACUCUGAGUGCCCCACCAGCCAGGCUUGUAUCAAUGAGAAGUGCCUCAACCCGUGUGUGGCCCGCAACCCCUGUAGUGCCAAGGAGGACUGUAAGGUGCAGAACCAAAAAGCCACCUGUCUUGCUGUCGGGUGUCGCAGUAACACCGACUGCCCCAGUAGUACCGCCUGCUACAACAAGGAGUGUCUAUCCCCUUGCCAACUGAGGAACCCCUGUGAGACGUCCGAGAGAUGUGAAGUUCGCGAUCACAUCCCCUUCUGCAUCUCAGAGUGUACCUGUCACGCCAACGAAGACUGUCCAUUUGGUUUUACCUGCGACGGCUGUACCUGCAAACCACAACUAUCUGAUGUAGUUGGGUGUGACCCGCCGUGCCAAGGAGACGAGGAGUGUGACGAGGUGGACCUCAUCUGCCGCCCAGAGGUGUGGUCAUCACUCCUUGAGGCUGUUGUUGGUCACUCACAAGCUGCGGUGUGGUCAUCACUCCUUGAGGCUGUUGUUGGUCACUCACAAGCUGCGGUGUGGUCAUCACUCCUUGAGGCUGUUGUUGGUCACUCACAAGCUGCGGUGUGGUCAUCACUCCUUGAGGCUGUUGUUGGUCACUCACAAGCUGCGGUGUGCGGUGUGGUCAUCACCCUUGCGCUGUUGUUGGUCACUCACAAGCUGCGGUGUGGGCUGCGGUGUGGUGAGGCUGUUGUUGGUCACCAAGUCACUCAAGCUGCGGUGUGGUCAUCACUCCUGAGGCUGUUGCUGUCACUCACAAGCUGCGGUGUGGCCAUCACACUCCCCUUGAGGCUGUUCUGCGGUGUGGUCAUCACCUUGAGGCUGUUGUUGGUCACUCCAAGCUGCGGUGUGGUCAUCACCCUGAGGCUGUUGUUGGUCACUCACAAGCUGAGGUGUGGCUCAUCACUCCUUGAGGCUGUUGUUGGUCACUCACAAGCUGAGGUGUGGUCAUCACUCCUGAGGCUGUUGUUGGUCACUACAAGCUGCGGGUGUGGUCACCACUCCUUGAGGCUGUUGUUGUCACUCAAGCUGCGGUGUGGUCAUCAAUUCUUGAGGCUGUUUGUUGGUCACUCUGCUGCGGUGUGGUCAUCUACCCUUGAGGCUGUUGUUGGUCACUCACAAGCUGAGGUGUGGUCAUCACCCUUGAGGCUGUUGUUGGUCACUCACAAGCUGCGGUGUGGUCAUCACCCUGAGGCUGCUGUUGGUCACUCACUGCUGCGGUGUGGUCAUCACCCUGAGGCUGUUGCUGGUCACUCACAAGCUGAGGUGUGGUCAUCACUCCUUGAGGCUGUUGUUGGUCACCACAAGCUGCGGUGUGAGCCCUGUGGAGGGACGCCUGGCAGGUGUGCUGGCAGGGAGCCCUGUGGAGGCGUGAGCCCUGUGGAGGGACGCCUGGCAGGUGUGAGCCCUGUGGAGGGACGCCUGGCAGGCGUGAGCCCUGUGGAGGGACGCCUGGCAGGCGUGAGCCCUGUGGAGGGACGCCUGGCAGGUGUGAGCCCUGUGGAGGGAUGCCUGGCAGGUGUGAGCCCUGUGGAGGGACGCCUGGCAGGUGUGAGCCCUGUGGAGGGACGCCUGGCAGGUGUGAGCCCUGUGGAGGGACGCCUGGCAGGUGUGAGCCCUGUGGAGGGACGCCUGGCAGGCAGUUUUAGAGCAAUUUGCACGCCAUCUUUGUGUCGUGGCUCUGUUGACUCGGGCACGUUCUUAUAUCAGGAGUUAUGUGAAGAUGUUAAGGUUCCAAGGUGUGAGAAUCGAGUCCGUGGUCCCCGAGUGUCGCUGCCACACGGUCCAGCUGAGGCUCUGGGCCGUGCUGCGUGUGUGACAACCGGGGGCUCCGCUUUCUCGAACCUUGUGUCUGUAUAUAUCAGCAUGGCACAGUUUUUGUACAUUGCCGGUGUACGCGAACGUUUACGAUCUAAAGGCUUCGUCACACCAAGAAUUUCGCUUGCAUUAACCCUCAGCACAACUACCACACCUGUUACAGCCACCACCACCAUCACACCGGCCACCACACUAACCCAACCUGAUGGUGACGCUCAUACCGUCGUGCCACCCACCGUGCCACCCACCACACCACCCUCCACCCCAACACCUCCAUCCACCCCGUCAUCCACUCCUUCAUCCUACCCUCACACUCCACCAGUCACCGACCAUACCGAGCUCACCUACCCAGAGACACUACUUACCAACACCACGGUACCUCGGGAGACAGGCCUGCCAACUGCCUCCACCAUUGAAGAAGGCCUGCCAACAUCCACCGCCAUAGUAGAACAAGACAUAUCAACUCCUUCCACUGUUGAGGAAGGUGUGUUUACCCUUCCUACUUUUGAAAUAGGCAUAACAACAUUCCCGCACAUUGAACAAGGCCCUGUUGAAGUAGGCACACCUGAAGGAGUGUCGACCCACCCAACCACGGAUAAGCCAGCAACUCCAGCCAUCCCAGGGUAUGUCGAACCCACCAAGCCACAGCCUGUUACUCAAGAGUACACUGGAUCAACCCACCCAACCACGGAUAAGCCAGCAACUCCAGCCAUCCCAGGCUAUGUCGAACCCACCAAGCCACAGCCUGUUACUCAAGAGUACACUGGAUCAACCCACCCAACCACGGAUAAGCCAGCAACUCCAGCCAUCCCAGGCUAUGUCGACCCCACUACAGCAACGCCAGAAGCCACCAAGCCACACAUUUUCACUGAACAUCCCAUUAUUUUCCCUGAUCAAAAUAUAUCCCGUGUUACCGGAGACUAUACCACUGACAGACCACUGGGUCCUGGCACUGACACACCAUUAGUUACUGUCUCUGACCUACCACUGGGUCCUGGCACUGAAAGACCAUUGGUUACUGUCUCUGACCUACCACUGGGUCCUGGCACUGAAAGACCAUUGGUUACUGUCUCUGACCUACCACUGGGUCCUGGCACUGAUAGGCCGUAUCCUGGCACUGUCAGACCACUGGAUCCUGGCACUGACAGACCACUAGGUCCUGGCACUGACAGACCAUUAGGUCCUGGCACUGGAAAACAUCUCAUUGACCACUGGGUCCUGGCACUGACAGACCUCUGCCUCCCACGACAACCUCUGGGUCCUGGCACUGACAGACCACUUGGUCCCACUGACAGACCACUGGGUCCUGCACUGAAGACCUCCUGCACUGACAGACCUCUACCUGGCACUGACAGACCAUUGGGUCCUGGCACUGACAGACCUCAGUCUGAACUGACAGACCAUUGGGUCCUGGCACUGAAAGACCAUUGGUUACUGUCUCUGACCUACCACUGGGUCUGCACUCACAGACCUCUGGGUCCUGGCACCGAUAAGGCCACCUCUGGGUCCUGCACUGACAGACCUCUGGGCCCUGGCACUGAAAGACCACUGGGCACCAGACCAUUGGGUCCUGGCACUGACAGACCUCUCCUGGCACUCAUAGACCACUGGGUCCUGGCACGACAGACCACUGUCCUGGCACGACAGACCCCGGGUCUGGCACACCAAAGACCACUGGGUCCUGGCACUAAAGACCACUGGGUCCUGGCACUGACCUACCACUGGGUCCUGGCACCGAUAGGCCGUAUCCUGGCACUGAGAGACCAUUGGGUCCUGGCACUGACAGACCACUGUCCUGGCACUGAAAGACCACUGGGUCCUGGCACUGACAGACCACUGGGUCCCGGCACUAAAAGACCAUUAGUUACUGUCUCUGACCUACCGCUGGGUCCUGGCACUGAUAGGCCGUAUCCUGGCACUGACAGACCAUUCGGUCCUGGCACACUGACAGACCACUGGGUCCUGGCACUGAAAGACCAUUGUACAGGUCGACCUCUCGGUCAUGAUGUGUCAGCAACCUCUGUCAGCCCAGAGGAAGUGUCGUCCCUCGUGGCAGUAGAGACAACAAUAUUGUCAUCAAGUGAAAGUGUUCCUGGUGUGAGUUACCCCAUCACAACUCCUUCCGCCGCUUCUGCUACUUCCCCAAGUGUUUCACCAGUCACCCAGGAGGAUGUUACUACUCCAUCACCAGUGUCGCCGUAUACUGAGGUGGUUUACGUCGACAUCACUACUCUCACUGUUCCUGAUACCAGCAGCGUCUCCGCCACGACGGAGGAAUAUGGUAUUAUUCCUACAACUGUCUCUGGUGAUAUUUCUCAUGAGGUUAAGAUCCCGUCAGAGGGAGAAUUAACGUCACCACCACCUCCAGGCUUUACUGAGGACGUUGAAGCUGCGACAAGAUCGACGGUAGAUGAAGGGGAAUCGGAGACGUACCCCACCACCACUGAGUCUGCCCAAGUCACUGUUUCUGCCUUCCCUAUCCUUAACCCCGACCUCCUCCCCUCUACCCAGUCUCCUACAGACGUACCCUCUCGCCCUUGUGGUGAGAACAGCGACUGUUGGGGGGAUGAAGUUUGCUGGGAUGGUGAGUGUGUGGACGGGUGUGCGCUGGUGCGGUGCGGCUACAAGGCACAGUGCGCCACCGUCCGUCACCGUCCCGUGUGUACCUGUUUGUCUGGUCACCGAGGCAACCCGCUCGUCGAGUGCCUCCCACAACUAGUCUAUAACUGUGUCCUCACUCCUGCCCCUCCAGUCACAACACCACGCCCACCCACACCCCGCCCCCCGGUAGGCGUCCUCACCCCACGCCCACCCACAUCCUCUUCUGAAUGCCGGACGAAUCGCCAGUGCGGUGAGAUGGAACUUUGUCACAGCGGGUCGUGUGUUGACCCGUGUGUGGUGGGGUCUCCGUGUGGCCUGAACGCUGAGUGCACCGUCAGGCGUCACCGUCCACGCUGUUGGUGCCCUCAAGGUUACCAAGGCGACCCCCACCUCUUGUGCCGCCCAGCACCACCCACCCCGUCCCCUGGCUGCAGCUCGGAUCUGGCCUGCCCGGACGACAAAGUGUGUUAUAACCGCGAGUGCCGCAACCCCUGUGACUUGGCCAACCCCUGCGCCGCCAAGGCUAAGUGCCGCACCCUAGCCCACCGGCCCCUCUGUACCUGCGACCCGGGCUACUCGGGCGACCCCUAUACUUUCUGCAGUCUUGACAAUGUCAUCAUUACGGGUUGCCGGGGUGACGCUGACUGCCCCUCCACACAAGCUUGUAUUAACAACGAAUGUCGGUACCCGUGCGAGGAUGACCCCUGUGGGACUAACGCCGAAUGCAUCAACAGCGACCACAGUGCCCAGUGCAGGUGUCGCAACGGGUUCCAGGGUGACCCCUUCAAGGGAUGCUCCCCCGUUGGCUGCUUCACCCCUGAUGACUGUGCUGUGACAGAGGAGUGCUACAGCGGGCAGUGUGUCAGCCCUUGUCGUCCUGGCAAUAACCCCUGCCCGCCCACUGCCGUCUGCCGCACCCUGGCUCAUGCCGCCACCUGCAUGUGUCCCCCGGGCCACACAGGUCUUCCUCUACAGGGGUGCUCGCCUCUCCCCACCUGCGGCUACAACUCUGACUGCCCAGCGGACAAGGCGUGUAUCGAGCGUGUGUGUGGUGACCCAUGCGGGGCAGCGCCCUGCCCCCAGGGGUCUCUCUGCCGCGUUGAGGACCACCGCCCCAUCUGCCUGUGUCCGCCGGGCUAUACGGGAAACCCGGAGGUGGGUUGUGUCCGUAGUGGGUGUGAGAGUGACAGUGAGUGUCCCCGUAACCGUGUGUGCCGGAAAGGGACCUGUGUGGACCCCUGCCAGGACUGUGGCCAGGGGGCGCUGUGUCAGGCGCUGGCCGGCACCGUCAUAUGCCUCUGUCCUGUUGGGUUCACGGGAAACCCUCGAUUUUCUUGUGACUCAAUCCCCGGCUUCUGCUCCUCGGACAUCGAGUGCCAACUACGGGAGGCGUGUUUGGACGGGGAGUGCCGGGAUCCCUGCACCACAGUGCCUCCCCCUUGUGGUGUGGGAGCUCGCUGCCGCGUCAUCAACCACCGCACCAUCUGCCAGUGCCCCGACGGGUACGAGGGUGACCCGCGAGAUCUGUGCACACCAGUGAGCACCCCAACACCGGGCUGCCAGUACAACCAAGACUGCCCAUCCAAUAAGGCCUGUGACCGCCUUUCACGUAAUUGUAUUGACCCGUGUGAAGACGCCUGCGCACCCACCGCCAUUUGCCAAGCCAUUGACCACCGCCCCUACUGCCAGUGCCCCCCCGGCUACAGUGGCAACGCGAACAUCGAGUGUGCAAUACCUGUAGGUUGCCGAGACGACAGCAAGUGCCCCUCCACCCAAGCCUGCAUCAAUAACAAGUGCCAGGACCCGUGCGUUUGUGGCAGCAACGCUGUCUGUGAGGUGGUCAGUCACCGUGCCAUCUGCCGCUGUCCACCUGGAUACAUCGGCGACCCAUUCAGGGGCUGCCAAGUGCCCACCAACCCUUGUGACACUGACCCAUGCGGUGAUGGAGCCCUCUGUGAGCUGGACAACGGCAACCCCAUCUGUGUGUGUCCCCGAGGAACCACCGGCAACCCCUUCGAGAAGUGCAUUCCUGAAGGUGAAGACUGUGAACCCAACUCAUGCGGCCCCAACUCCGGGUGUCGGAUGGUGGGCGGCGUCCCCAUGUGUUUCUGUCUGCCAGAAUUUGUGGGCAACCCUCCGAGCGUCCCCUGCAGCCCACCAGCCAACCCCUGUGAACCUUCACCCUGUGGACCCAACACUGCCUGCAACGUGGUUAAUGGCUUCCACAGGUGCACAUGUCUGCCAGGCUUUGUGGGUAAGCCCAACACUAUCCGAGGCUGCGAAGAACCAGCCAAUCCGUGCGUGCCGUCACCCUGUGGCUCAGGAGCAAUCUGCGACGCUGACAGGAGCCCCUUCUGCUUCUGUCGUCCUGGCCUCGUUGGUGACCCCUACACCGGAUGCAGAGAACCCCCUCCGACCUGCACCUCAGGAGUCUGUGGCCAGAAUGCUGAGUGUUAUGUCCGCAGCAACAGUCUACAGUGCCGGUGUCUCGAUGGAUACGACGGAGACCCACGGGCGCAGUGCCUCCCUAGGCCAGGUAACCCUUGUGAGCCCAAUCCAUGUGGUGCCAACACCCAGUGCAGGGUGGGCAACAACAACCGCCCUGUGUGCACCUGUUCCCCGAGCUUCUUCGGUGAGCCAGGCUCAGAGAAGGGUUGUAGACCUGAAUGUGCUGUGGAUGACGACUGCAGCUUAGACCUAGCAUGUGUCAACACACGUUGUAUCGACCCUUGCCCCAGCGCCUGUGGCAUUAACUCGCUGUGCGAGGUUAAUACCCACCGCCCAGUGUGCUACUGCCCCGCCGGGUUUAAGGGAAACCCUUACACGCGGUGUGAGGUGGUGUCUGAGCCUAUCCCACCUAAAGAGGGGGUUACCUCCAGGCCCCCUCACCCAUGUGUGCCGUCCCCGUGUGGACUUAACACCAACUGCCACGUGGAGGACUCCCAGGCUGUCUGCUCAUGCGUCGACGGCUAUAUCGGUGACCCCAAAGACCGCUGCCGUCCUGAGUGCGUCAGCAACGCAGACUGUGAUGACGAUGAGGCAUGUAUCGACCAGAAGUGUGGUGACCCUUGCCCAGGUCUUUGUGGCACCAACGCCUUGUGUGACGUCGUUCACCACAACCCCAUCUGCUACUGCCCCAGUAACCUUGCCGGCGACCCCUUCAGGUUCUGCGUCACCAGACCACCCACGCCUGAAGCGCCUCCGUGUGAACCCAACCCCUGCGGUCCCAACUCUGAGUGCCGCCCUACAGCACACAACAAAGACCAUGUGUGCUCCUGCCUCCCCGGGUUCUUUGGCUCCCCUUGUCGCCGCCUGCAGUGUACCAUCAACUCUGACUGCCCCCCGAGCAAGGCUUGCGUCAACUUCAUGUGCGUCAACCCGUGCCCGGGAUCUUGUGGCCUCGAGGCUCUCUGCAGUGUCGUCGCCCACAAUCCCAUCUGUAGGUGUCCAGACGGCCUAACUGGCGACCCCUUCAACCGUUGCUACCAAAAGGAAGUGCCACAGGAGCCAACUGAUCCUCAGCCCCCGGCACCGCCCUCACCGCUGUGUUCACCCUCGUGUGGUGAUAACGCUGAGUGCCAGAUUGUGGAUGGUGUAGGAUCCUGUGUGUGUUUAAGUGGGUACUAUGGUCGUCCUGAGCUGGGGUGCACGCCAGAGUGCAUCAUCAACUCCGACUGUGUCAACACUCGCGCCUGCAUCAAUCAGCGCUGUAUUGAUCCCUGCCUAGGGGCUUGUGGUGUGGAGGCGUUCUGUAAUGUGGUCAACCACAAACCCAUCUGCGCGUGCCGUAAAGGCUACGUCGGUGACCCCUUCAGGCUGUGCCGCCCUGCACCUCACCCGCCUGUCACCCCAGUGCCGUGCCAGCGCUCCCCCUGUGGAGAAAAUGCACGCUGUACUAAUAGAGGCACGGAAGGCGUGUGUACGUGCCUCCCAGGCUUCUUGGGUAAUCCGUACGCGCAGUGCAACCCCGAGUGUGUGGUGAGCAGUGACUGUGCGAUGACCCAGGCGUGCAUCAGUCAGAAGUGCCGCGACCCUUGUCCCGGCACUUGUGCCAAUAAUGCUCGCUGCUCCGUCAUCAGUCACAACCCUGUGUGUGUGUGUCCUUCUGGCUACAAGGGUGACCCCUUCACCGCCUGCACACCAAUACUACCCAUUCCUACAAUACCCCAAGACAAGAUCAACCCCUGCGUGCCAGACCCCUGCGGCCCCAACGCUGUCUGCAGAGUUGGAGGCGACGUGGCGGUGUGUGAAUGUCGCCCAGGAACCUUCGGAAACCCUAACGUGCCAACGGGAUGCAGAUACGAAUGUUUGACUAACACCGAGUGUCCGAUGACCCAGGCGUGUAUCAACCGUCGGUGUAUGGACCCGUGUGUUGGGACGUGUGGUCUUCAGGCCCUGUGUCAAGUGAUAGCUCAUAACCCCAGGUGUCGUUGUCCUGAUGGCUUCCAAGGGGACCCCUACUACAGCUGCACCUACACCCCGAUCUUCGUGUCACCUGAGUCGGAGCUCCCCACGGAAAUUCCGGUGGAGGACAAGGACCCCUGCUUGAGUUCCCCAUGUGGGCCUUACGCCAAGUGCUCCAGUAGGGAUCACGUCUACACAUGCACCUGUGAGCCUGGAUACUUCGGCAACCCUUACACCGGCUGUGUCCCCGAGUGUAUUGUCAACUCAGGCUGCCCUGCCAUCAAAGCCUGCAUCAACCAACACUGCGUGGACCCCUGCCCUGGCUCCUGUGGGCUCAACUCUGAGUGCCACGUCCUGAGGCACCAACCCAACUGUUACUGUCCUGCAGGAUACACCGGCGACCCUUACUCCCGCUGCUUCGUCGAUACACCGGACAAGCCACCUCUGCCUGAAACACCAUGUCAACCCGACCCCUGCGGACCCAACUCCAGGUGCCAAGUUGAGGAGGGGCGACCCGUGUGUUCCUGCCUCCCUGGGUUCUUCAGCAGACCUCCUACGUGCCAGCCAGAGUGUAUCCUCAAUUCUCGGUGCCCCUCGACCCUGGCCUGUAUCCACCAGAAGUGCGUGGACCCAUGCCCUGGGGUGUGUGGUGAGGGCGCUAACUGUGAGGUAGUUAACCAUAAUCCUAUCUGUAGCUGCCCCAGGGACCUUACCGGCGACCCCUUCAUCCGCUGCUUUAAACCGCCUGAGAGCCCACCGGCCGUGUCUAGUCCAUGUUCGCCCAGCCCUUGUGGGGUGCACGCCAUGUGUCGUAGCGAAGGGCGCCGCGCUGUGUGCACGUGCCCGGACCCCCUACAAGGUGACCCGUAUGUGAUGUGCGCACCUGAGUGUCAGACGGAUAACAUGUGCACCAACAACCUGGCGUGUGUGCGGCAGAGGUGCGUGGACCCUUGCCCCGGGGCGUGUGGGCUCCUGGCCACAUGCCUCGUGUUCAACCAUCGCCCCGUGUGUACAUGCCCCGAAACGUUGAGAGGCGAUCCCUACUCUGCGUGCCGCCCUUCCCUCGCCCCAUCGACAGACAAGUCGCCGUGUAGUGCUGGAGGUCUGUGCGGGGACAACACAGAGUGCCGGGUAGUGGGGGGCGCUGCUCUCUGUACCUGCCAGCCCGGCCUGGUGGGCAAUCCUCAGCUGGACUGUCGUCCUGAGUGUGUCAUCAAUAAUGACUGUCGCUUUGAUGCCAGCUGCCGUGGCCACAAGUGUGUGGACCCUUGUCCGGGUACUUGUGCUGACGACGCCCUAUGCCAGGUAGUGCAACACCAACCCCGCUGCUCCUGCCCCCCCGGCCUGCUGGGUGACCCCUACUCCCUCUGCUAUUCUCCCCCUACGGCGUCUGUGGCAACGUCGCCGUGUUCACCGUCACCGUGCCUACCAUGGGAGGUGUGCACGAGCCAGGGUGGCGCCCCACUCUGCCUGGAGUGUGUGGUCAACAGUGACUGCCCCAGCCACCUGGCGUGUACUGCCCACAGGUGCACUGACCCUUGCCCGGGCGUGUGUGGGCCGGGCGCCCAGUGUGUGGUGGUUACCCACAGCCCCGUGUGUCGCUGUCACCCGGGCCUGCUGGGUGACCCUUACAAGCAGUGCUCGCGUCCCAUACGUCCUGUGCCCGCGCCCGCCAAGCCCACGCCCUGUGUGCCCAGCCCUUGCGGUACCAACGCUCGCUGCCAGGUCAAAAUGGACCGCGAGGUGUGUAUCUGUGCCCCUGGCUACUUCGGCAACCCAGUCCUUGGUUGUCGGCCAGAGUGCGUGGUGCACACAGACUGUGCAGUGCGGCUGGGGUGCGUGAGGCAGCGGUGCAUCAACCCAUGCCCGGGUACAUGUUCCCCCGAGGCUCAGUGCACAGUGGUGAACCACCGCACAGUAUGCACGUGCCCCGCCGGUCACACAGGAGAUCCCUUCGUAAGAUGUCGCCCCUUACCCCAACUGCCUCCACCUACUGCAUCUCCCACAGUGAUGGGGGAAAGAGACCCGUGCUCGCCAGGGCCCUGUGGUCCCCGCACCCAGUGCCGCGUGUCUGCCAGCCUCGCCGUGUGUGCCUGUCUGCCGGGCCUGGUGGGUAACCCCUACCUCGGGUGCCGCCCAGAGUGCCAGCGGGACCUGGACUGUCGGCUAGACAGAUCAUGCCAGCAACAGCUGUGUGUGGACCCUUGCCCUGGCACCUGUGGCCGCCGCGCCUCCUGCAUGGUCCUCAACCACCGCCCUCAGUGCUCCUGCAAGCCUGGCUACUCCGGCGACCCUUACUCUGCCUGUUCUUUCUAUACACCUCCCGCCCCAACCCCUACCUCCCCCUGCGAUCCGUCCCCCUGUGGUCAGUUCUCAGAGUGUCGUGACGUGGGUGGCCGGGCAACCUGCUCCUGCCUGCCGGGCUACCUGGGCUCUCCACCUAGGUGUCACCCAGAAUGCGUUGUCAACAGCGAGUGUUCGUCACAGAAUGCGUGUGUCAACCUCAAGUGUGUUAACCCGUGCGUUGGAGCGUGUGGUGUAGAGGCGGAAUGCCGCGUUCUCCAGCACAGCCCCGUGUGCUCGUGUCGACCACAGUACACAGGAGACCCCCUCACUCUCUGCUCCCCAGUACCUCCUCCGCCACCACAGCCGUCCCUGCCAGCCGUGUUCGACCCCUGUGUACUGAGCAGCUGUGGCACCAACGCCAAGUGCUCGGUACAAGAUGACGUGGCUGUGUGCUCCUGCCCACCACACCACUACGGCAACCCUUACGUGGCGUGCAAACCGGAGUGCACCGUUGACUCUGACUGUCCUCGGUACCUGGACUGUGCUAGGAACAGAUGUGUGGACCCGUGUCCAGGGGCAUGUGGCAUUAAUGCUCUGUGUGACGUGCUGAACCACCGGGCCACCUGCACCUGCCCCACAGGCUCCGUCGGCAACCCCCACACGCGCUGCAACCCUGUGUUGACAUCUACUCCUGUGCCGGAGAGUGACCCAUGCCACCCAUCGCCAUGCGGGGCCAGUACAUCGUGCCGGGUAGUGGGGAGUCGCCCCGUGUGCUCCUGUCUGCCGGGGCUGUUCGGGGACCCCACCAAGCUGUGUCGCCCUGAGUGCAUUACCAGCCAGGAGUGUGGCCAUGAUGAAGCAUGUGUGAGGCAUGAAUGUGUGGACCCGUGUGUCAGCAGCUUGUGUGGUGGCUACGCCUCUUGUAGGGUGGUGCUGCACUCCCCCGUCUGCUCCUGCACCCACGGCUACACCGGUGACCCCUACCUCCACUGCCACCCUGUGUCUUCGGUGGUGACUCCAAAGCCGCCGGUCCAUCACCCGUGUGCCGGGGACCCCUGUGGGCCUAAUGCCAUAUGUCGCGAGGUUAACAGACAGCGCCAGUGUUUCUGCCAACCCGGGUACGUGGGCCGCCCGCCUACAUGUCGGCCAGAGUGUUUGGUGCACGCCGAGUGUCUCGCCACCCAAGCCUGUAUCAACAAUCGUUGUGUCGACCCCUGCAAGGGCACCUGUGGUGUUCACACUGAAUGUCGCGUCAUCAACCACGACCCCAUCUGUAGCUGCCUGCCGGGGUACACGGGGGAUUCCUUCACCCGCUGUACCAUCGCCCCUACCCCGCCACCCAGGCCCGUCAUCACACCAACACCUCGACCACUACCACCUAUUGCUGGCACACAACCACCCGGCAGUGAGCCAGUCAUAGUAGCAAUCCCAGGAGACCCGACGAUCACCCAGCAGCCACUGGUAAUCAUUCCUCAGCCGCCCGCACCCCCUCCCACCAUACCCUGCCUGCCUGACCCCUGUGGUGCCAAUACCAUCUGCCGGGAACAUGUCGACACCUACUUGUGUGAGUGUCGCCCAGGGUACUACGGCAACCCUGAUGUGGGGUGUAGGCCGGAGUGUGUCCUCAGCACCGACUGUGACAGCGGCUAUUCUUGCAUCCGUCACAAGUGUAUGAACCCCUGUCCAGCUGCCUGUGCCUCCACCGCCGUCUGCACCGUCGUGAACCAUGGUGCUACCUGCAGCUGUCCACCACACCUUCAGGGUGACCCAUAUAUUCACUGUGCCCCCUUGCCCAUCAUUGGCUCCACCCCGUUCCCGCCGCCGGUGACCCCCGUGGUGAAGGAGCCUUGUGCUCCUAACCCCUGUGGCCAAAACGCCGAGUGCCUCCCCAACAGCGGUGAGUGUCGCUGCCUACCAGGCUACUUCGGCAACCCCUACUUCAAGUGUGAGCCAGAGUGCACCACUGACCCCCAGUGUCCCUUCCAUCUGGCCUGUGUCAACCAGAAGUGCAUCGACCCGUGUCCCGGCACCUGUGGCAGAAACGCCGAGUGCCAGGUGGUCAACCAUGACCCAGUCUGCUACUGCAGGCCGGGCUACAGUGGUGACCCCUACGAAGCGUGUCGUGUAGAGAUAACAACACCCACAAGGCCGGAGGACCCCUGCACCCCGAGUCCCUGUGGACCCAACUCCAGGUGCCAUAUGGUGCAUAGUCGGCCCGUGUGUGAGUGUCUCCCGGGCUACUAUAACAGCCCACCCAACUGCCGACCAGAGUGUAUUGUCAACGCAGACUGUGUUACAGUCAAGGCCUGUGUUAACCAAAAGUGUCGUGACCCCUGCGUGGGCACGUGUGGCACUGACGCUCAGUGUGAGGUGACGAACCACAACCCCAUCUGCUUCUGCCCUUCCCACCUCACCGGCGACCCCUUCGUCCGCUGCUAUGAACACCCUGUGAGUCCUUCCCAGGAGGACCCGUGUGUGCCAGACCCUUGUGGUCGUGGAGCAGACUGCACCGAGAAGGCAGGUGUAGCUGUGUGCACGUGUAAGCCUGGACUGACGGGUAACCCCUACGAUAUUUGUCGACACGACUGUGUGGUUAACUCAGACUGUGCUCGCGAUAAGGCGUGUUCUCGCAAUAAGUGCGUAGACCCGUGUCCCGGGGCAUGUGGGGUGAACGCCGAGUGUCGUGUGUCUCACCACAGUCCCUCGUGCACCUGUCCACCUCACCUCACGGGCGACCCAUUCUCACGCUGUGUCCUCGCCACCACCACUCCCGAGACCCCUGACGACCCCUGCUCUCCGCCCCCGUGCGGGCUCAACGCCAGGUGCGAGAGAGAUGGCAGCAGCUCCUACAGGUGCGAGUGUGUCCGUGACUACUUCGGCGACCCCUACACAGAGUGUCGCCCCGAGUGUGUUGUGAACACUGACUGCGCCAGCGACCAAGCCUGUCGCAACUUGAAGUGCAUUGACCCAUGUCCUGGUACCUGUGGCACCAACGCCGAGUGUGACACCAUCAACCACAGCCCUAUUUGCACUUGUCUUUCGGGCUACCAAGGCAACCCGUACGUCACCUGUCGCGUCCCAGAUAAAGAGACCCAGACAGAGCGUCCCAACCCGUGUCUUCCCAACCCCUGCGGACCCUUCUCCACUUGCCGGGUGGUGCGACAGCGGCCUGUGUGUGAGUGUGUGGCCGGCUACUAUGGUGCCCCGCCGCAGUGCCACCCAGAGUGUGUCACCAAUUCGGACUGCCCCAAGUACCUGGCGUGUGUGAAGGAGAAGUGUGUAGAUCCUUGUGUGGGCACCUGUGGUCGCCAGGCACAGUGUCAAGUGGUGAAUCACAACCCUCUGUGUUCGUGUCCUGCCGGGUACAGUGGUGACCCCUACAUCCAGUGUGCUCUGCUCACGACCACAACUCGCCCCGUUAUUGUGAUCACCCCUCUCCCCACCUCCCCACCACGCCCGGAGGUCACCACACCCCCACGCCCCUGUGCGCCCAAUCCGUGUGGUCAGAAUGCACAAUGCUCGCCCCAAGGCCAGUACUUCGAGUGCUCGUGUCCGCCGCCGAUGUUCGGCAACCCUUAUGUUGAGUGCCGCCUCGAGUGCGUGGUGGACUCUGACUGUGGGAGGAACAAGGCGUGUGAGAGGAAUGAGUGCGUUGACCCCUGCACGGGUUUGUGUGGGGUGAGGGCAGAGUGUCACGUGAUCAUGCAUAAGCCUGUGUGCAUGUGUCCCCUCGAGUACACAGGAGACGCCUACACAGCCUGCAGUCCUUCACCAACUAUAUCAGCUGAGACUUCACCACCUGCGCCUCCCCUGACCACUGACCCCUGCGAUCCAUCUCCAUGUGGCACCUUGGCUGAGUGUCACCAGGGCGUGUGCCAGUGUAUCGCAGGGUACUUUGGUGACCCAUACACUGCCUGUCGACCCUCCUGCUCAGCUGACUCACAAUGUGACUCUGGCCUGGCUUGUGUUAAUGACAAGUGUAUCGACCCAUGUCCAGGCACUUGUGGCAUCAAUGCAGAGUGCAGAGUACCCAACCAUACCCCUAUUUGCACGUGUCCGUCUGGUUACACCGGCAGUCCUUACGAGAGAUGCUUCCCUAGGCCGGACGAGGGCUCGUCCGAGGAGCUAGAGGACCUGUGUGAGGUGUGUGGCCCCAAUGCCGACUGCAGGGAGGUGGUAGACCGCCCCGUAUGCACCUGUCUUCCGGGCUUCAUUGGUGCCCCGCCAAAUUGUCGCCCAAUUUGUGUCGUCAACCGCGAUUGUCCGGCCACGAUGGCAUGUAACAGACAAAAGUGCAUUGAUCCUUGUCCCGGGGUGUGUGGCACCAACGCAGAAUGCCGCGUCAUCAACCACUCCCCGGUGUGCACCUGUGUUCCAGGGUUCACAGGCGAACCUUUCGUUCGGUGCACCCGUAUCCCACUUGCUGUGUCGACGGUGGUGCCUCCCAAGGAGUUUGUUGACCCCUGCAGGGAGGGCAUUUGUGGCCCCAACGCCGACUGUCGUGUCCAGGGAACUCGUGGUGUGUGUACAUGUAAACCUGGAUACUUUGGGAACCCAUACAACAACUGCCGUCCCGAAUGCGUCAUCAACUCCCAGUGCCCUAAGUACCUAGCUUGUGUCAACCAACGUUGCGAAGAUCCUUGUCCUGGCACCUGUGGCAUUGAUGCCAUCUGUGAUAUCGUCAACCACAACCCUGUGUGUUCCUGCCAGAGGACCAUGACAGGUGACCCCUUCGUCCGCUGCGAGCCAAUUCGCACCCCCCUUGACCCGUGUAACCCUACACCGUGUGGAUCAUACACCAACUGCCGGGUGAUGGUGGAUAGGGCCGUCUGCUCCUGCGUCCCUGGGUACGUUGGCAACCCUGACGUGGGCUGUAAACCCGAAUGCACCAUUAACUCGGACUGCCUUGUGAGCCAGGCGUGUGUCAACCAGAAGUGCGUCGACCCGUGCGUGGGCGUGUGUGGGAGUGGGGCCGAUUGUAACGUCUUUGGUCACAACCCUCUGUGCACCUGUGCCGAGGGCCUCACGGGAGACCCUCUUGUGGCUUGUGAAAUUAAGAAAGAGAGCCCUGUCGACCCGUGCAACCCCUCACCGUGCGGCUCCAACACCAACUGUGCUGUGAAGGAGAAUGGGCAAGCUGUGUGUACUUGUUUCCCGAACUACUUCGGCAACCCCUACUUGGAGUGUCGAGUCGAGUGUACCAUCAACUCAGACUGCCCCAAGUACCUGGCGUGUGUCAACCAGAAGUGCCGCGACCCCUGCCAACCUGGCACCUGCGGUCUGAACGCUGUCUGUGAUGCCGUCAACCACCAGGCUAUUUGCACCUGUCCUCGCAGAUAUGAUGGCAAUCCAAAGGUCGAGUGCGUGCGUGCACCGACGAAGCUCGUCCAAUGCUCCCUGAAUGCAUGCGGCUUUAACACUGAAUGUCGAGUUAUUAACAAUGUUCCUAUAUGCUAUUGUCUCCCAGGUUACACGGGCAACCCCGAGCGAGGGUGUUCCCCGAUCAUUCCUCCUUCUCCCCUGCUUGUAGUCACCCCCUCGACCCCAACCUCCCGACCCUUCCAUCCUCCAACUGUCCCAUCCUCUCCCCCACUCCCACCCACUGAGUGUAAGUCUAACUCACACUGCUCCCCAUCGCGGACCUGCAUCAACGAGCGAUGCAUCGACCCAUGCAGGGGUGAGCACCCUUGUGCUACCGGGGCCGAGUGUACCGUCAUCCAGCACCGGCCAGUCUGCAAGUGUCCCCCAGGGUUCCAGGGUAAUCCACAAACACGCUGCAACCCGACCACCACCACUCCCAGGCCUGACUGCUUGGCAGACGUCGAGUGUCCACAGGAAAAAGCCUGUGCUGAACGUCGGUGCGUUAGUCCGUGCCAGGUGGCCAAUCCGUGUUCCCACCUGGCCGAGUGCACCGUUGUCUCUCAUCUUCCACAAUGUAGGUGCAUUCAGGGUUAUAUUGGCAACGGAUAUUAUUGUGAGCUGCCCACCACCUCUACCAUUCCCUCACCUAUUGCUGAAUAUCCCACUCAUACAACUGUCAGACCAGGGGUGGCCACUCGGCCCCCGAGCCACGCAGUUGACCUUCAGUGUACUCGAGACUUUGAAUGUGACGUAGACGAGAUGUGUAACAACUUUGACUGUGUGCCAGUGUGCAGUGUGACUAACCCGUGCCGUAGUCGCAAUGCCUUAUGUCGUGGCGAAAACCACCAGCCUGUGUGUUACUGUCAGCCAGGAUUUGUGGGCAACCCAUUCAUCGAGUGCAAGGAGCCGUUACCAGCCACUCCUCCACCCCAGUGUCUCACAGAUCGGGACUGUCCUGACAACAAGGCUUGUGCCCAGCGCAAAUGUGUCAAUCCCUGCAUCGUAUUUAAUCCAUGUUCACCCCUUGCCCAAUGUGAGACCCUCAAGCACUUCCCCGUGUGUUCCUGCUUUCUGGGCUUCACAGGCUCUGGCUAUGACUGUGAACGUCUCCCUCCUAUCGUGGAGAGACCCCCUCUACCGUCUACUACCCUGCCUCGGCCUAUUUCCAUGACCACCACAACAAAGGGACCAAUAGCCGAAUUUCCCACUCCCCAACGCGAAAGGCCUCUUACUCCCAGGCCGCCACCACCAUUCCUACCUCUUCCACCUCCAAUCACCAUUGGUUGUGAGAGUACAGCCGAUUGCCACUUCAGCACCACUUGUGUAAAUAAACUGUGUGUAGAUGUUUGCAGUCGAGGCUAUUGUGGCAGCAACGCAGACUGUCAUAUCCACCAUAACUUCCCCGAGUGCUCUUGCCCUCCAGGGACUGUCGGCGAUCCAUAUGUCAAGUGCAUAGCUGUAGCAACGAAAGCUCCACCCACCACGCUUCGCCCUCUCGCGGACACCCAACCUUCUGUACCAGACGUGCUCAUCCGUCCACAGGAGGGCACAAGACAUACCACACCCUCGCCUGUGGCUGCCCCUACCACUACCAGAGCACCAGAAAAGACUUAUACACAACCCACAACUGUCCACCACACAACAUUACCCAUAACCGUCGGAUGCGAAAGCAAUGACGACUGCCCAUUCGAUAACACCUGCAUCAACCGUCUCUGUGGUGACGUGUGUAGUCCUUCGCUAUGUGCCGACAACGCACACUGUCAAACCUUUGCCAAUCGACCAACUUGCUCAUGCCCUCCAGGAACCUCUGGAAACCCAACUAUAAAAUGCACUGCCUUACUAACAGAGGAAGUCCCAACACAACUUCCACCAGUUGCUGGAAAACAACCCACAAGCCCUUCACCUCCAAUCCGGCCUCUUCCUGGCCCCUUGCAUACGAUGCCCCCUCCAUUAGUUGUAGAACCACCCACUAGUCGUCCCCCACAGGAAAUGCCGCAAAUACAUAUUCCUCCCAUCGUUUCUCCUAUUGUAAUUGCAUGUGAAAAUAAUGAUGAUUGCACCGUGGAUAAUACGUGCUAUAACAAACUGUGCUUUGAUGUUUGUUCUUUAGGCAUCUGCGGAGAAAAUGCCAACUGUAAAGUCGCAAAACAUCGUCCAGUGUGUACUUGUCCACCAGGGACCACUGGAGAUCCCACGGGAAAAUGUAUAGCAUUGGUAACAGAGAGACCAACUAUGACACCACCAAUAGUAGGAACACUGGAACCUAAAGACUUUGGACAUAUACAUCCUGUUUCAGCAACAACAAGUCCAGGUUUGCCCCCAAUGGCAGAACACCCAACACCCAGACCCAGACCACCUUCUGUGACACAGCCGCCACAACCACCCACCCCUGGUCCUGUACCUGUGGGCUGUGAGAGCACUGACGAGUGUCCGUUUGAUAAUUCUUGUGUAAAUAAACUUUGUCUUGAUAUUUGUCAUCCAGGAUUUUGUGGUGAAAAUGCCGACUGUCAGACAGUUGGACAUCGACCUACUUGUAAAUGUCCACCAGGAACAAGUGGCAACCCUAAUAUCAAGUGCUCAGCUCUUGCUGUAGAGACACCUCCUGCACCAAUUCCUCCGGUUGCUGGGGAUAAGCCUCCUUCAGAAGAAACUAUCAUCCAUCCCAUUCCCGGUCCUACAAGUCCAGGACCUCCUCCACUGGUGGAGCAACCAACACGUCCUCCUCCAGACCCACCAAUAGAGCGACCUCCUCCACCCGUGAUUGUUCCUCAAGUACCUAUCGCUUGUGAGAACAACGAUGAAUGUGAUGUGGACAAUUCAUGUUUGAACAAGCUUUGUUAUGAUGCAUGCAGUCUUGGGGUUUGUGGUGAUGAAGCUGAUUGUAAGACUAUCAGUCACAGGCCAGUGUGUCUGUGCCCACCAGGGACAACAGGAGAUCCUCAAGUACGGUGCAUAGCCAUAGCAACAGAAAGACCUCUCGUUGUUACAGUACCUCCCAUAGCUGAACAUCCACCUGAUAGUCACACACCUAUCCGGCCAGUUCCUGGACCUACUUCAACACCGCCAUCACCAGUAGCUCAACUUCCAGUUCCUCGACCUACAGAAGCUCCAAUUGCACUACCUCCUGCAGUACCAACACCACCACCAAACCCCAUAGGUUGUGAGAGCACUGGUGAGUGUCCCUUCGACAACAGCUGCAUCAACAGACUGUGCCUGGACGUGUGUCAUCCUGGUUUUUGUGGUGAAGCUGCUGACUGUAAGACCUUAGGACACCGACCCACUUGUGUAUGUCCACCAGGCACGACAGGUAACCCAACAGAGAGGUGCACGGCUUUAGCUACCGAGAGACCUAUUACCCACAGGCCUGUAGCGGGUAUCUCAAGUUUACCACCGGGUGAUCCAGUUGUUCCUGCAUCAGGAACUACCACUCCUACCCCACCACCUCUGGUGGAAUUGCCAACAACGGCCCCUCCAGUGCCCACCAGUCCAAGACCACCACCUCUUCCAGUUGUUCCUCCUAUUGUUAUUGCUUGUGAGAACAAUGACGACUGCGCCUCGGACAAUUCCUGUCUCAACAACCUAUGUUACGAUGUAUGCGGUCUUGGUGUGUGUGGAGAUAACGCAGAAUGCAAGAUCACCAGUCAUCGUCCAGUUUGUACCUGUCCUCCAGGAACCACAGGAGAUCCUUUACAUUCAUGUGUAUCCAUCGUCACAGAAAGACCAGUUGGACCGACGCCUCCUAUGGCAGAAUUUUCGCCAGCUCAACCAGGAGAUCCAGUUCAUCCAAUUAGUGCACCAACUAGUCCAGGUCAGCCCCCAGUGGCAGAACACCCAACACCCAGACCCAGACCACCUCCUGUAACAGAGUCGCCGCCACCACCCACCCCUGGUCCUCUACCUGUGGGCUGUGAGAGCACUGACGAGUGUCCGUUUGAUAACUCCUGUGUAAAUAAACUUUGUCUUGAUAUUUGUUAUCCAGGAUUUUGUGGUGAAAAUGCCGACUGUCAGACAAUUGGACAUCGACCUACUUGUAAAUGUCCACCAGGAACAAGUGGCAACCCUAAUAUCAAGUGCUCAGCUCUUGCUGUAGAGACACCUCCUGCACCCAUUCCUCCGGUUGCUGGGGAUAAGCCUCCUUCAGAAGAGACUGUCAUCCAGCCCAUUCCUGGUCCUACAAGUCCAGGACCUCCUCCUCUGGUGGAGCAACCAACACGUCCUCCUCCAGACCCACCAAUAGAGCGACCUCCUCCACCCGUGAUUGUUCCUCUAGUACCUAUCGCUUGUGAGAACAACGAUGAAUGUGAUGUGGACAAUUCAUGUUUGAACAAGCUGUGUUAUGAUGCAUGCAGUCUUGGGGUUUGUGGUGAUGAAGCUGAUUGUAAGACUAUCAGUCACAGGCCAGUGUGUCUGUGCCCACCAGGGACAACAGGAGAUCCUCAAGUAGGGUGCAUAGCUAUAGCAACAGAAAGACCUCUCGUUGUUACAGUACCUCCCAUAGCUGAACAUCCACCUGAUAGUCACACACCUAUCCGGCCAGUUCCUGGACCUACUUCAACACCGCCAUCACCAGUAGCUCAACUUCCAGUUCCUCGACCUACAGAAGCUCCAAUUGCACUGCCUCCUGCAGUACCAACACCACCACCAAACCCCAUAGGUUGUGAGAGCACUGGUGAGUGUCCCUUCGACAACAGCUGCAUCAACAGACUGUGCCUGGACGUGUGUCAUCCUGGUUUUUGUGGUGAGGCUGCUGACUGUAAGACCUUAGGACACCGACCCACUUGUGUAUGUCCACCAGGCACGACAGGUAACCCAACAGAGAGGUGCACGGCUUUAGCUACCGAGAGACCUAUUACCCACAGGCCUGUAGCGGGUAUCUCAAGUUUACCACCGGGUGAUCCAGUUGUUCCUGCAUCAGGAACUACCACUCCUACCCCACCACCUCUGGUAGAAUUGCCAACAACGGCACCUCCAGUGCCCACCAGUCCAAGACCACCACCUCUUCCAGUUGUUCCUCCUAUUGUUAUUGCUUGUGAGAACAAUGACGACUGCGCCUCGGACAAUUCCUGCCUCAACAACCUAUGUUACGAUGUAUGCGGUCUUGGUGUGUGUGGAGAUAACGCAGAAUGCAAGAUCACCAGUCAUCGUCCAGUUUGUACCUGUCCUCCAGGAACCACAGGAGAUCCUUUACAUUCAUGUGUAUCCAUCGUCACUGAAAGACCAGUUGGACCGACGCCUCCCAUGGCAGAAUUUCCGCCAGCUCAACCAGGUGAUCCAGUGCAUCCAAUUAGUGCACCAACUAGUCCAGGUCAGCCCCCAGUGGCAGAACACCCAACACCCAGACCAAAACCACCUUCUGUGACACAGCCACCACGACCACCCACCCCUGGUCCUGUACCUGUGGGCUGUGAGAGCACUGACGAGUGUCCGUUUGAUAAUUCUUGCGUAAAUAAAUUUUGUCUUGAUAUUUGUCAUCCAGGAUUUUGUGGUGAUAAUGCCGACUGUCAGACAGUUGGACAUCGACCUACUUGUAAAUGUCCACCAGGAACAAGUGGCAACCCUAAUAUCAAGUGCUCAGCUCUUGCUGUAGAGACACCUCCUGCACCAAUUCCUCCGGUUGCUGGGGAUAAGCCUCCUUCAGAAGAGACUGUCAUCCAUCCCAUCGCUGGUCCUACAAGUCCAGGACCUCCUCCUCUGGUGGAGCAACCAACACGUCCUCCUCCAGACCCACCAAUAGAGCGACCAACUCCACCCGUGAUUGUUCCUCUAGUACCUAUCGCUUGUGAGAACAACGAUGAAUGUGAUGUGGACAAUUCAUGUUUGAACAAGCUGUGUUAUGAUGCAUGCAGUCUUGGGGUUUGUGGUGAUGAAGCUGAUUGUAAGACUAUCAGUCACAGGCCAGUGUGUCUGUGCCCACCAGGGACAACAGGAGAUCCUCAAGUAGGGUGCAUAGCUAUAGCAACAGAAAGACCUCUCGUUGUUACAGUACCUCCCAUAGCUGAACAUCCACCUGAUAGUCACACACCUAUCCGGCCAGUUCCUGGACCUACUUCAACACCGCCAUCACCAGUGGCUCAACUUCCAGUUCCUCGACCUACAGAAGCUCCAAUUGCACUGCCUCCUGCAGUACCAACACCACCACCAAACCCCAUAGGUUGUGAGAGCACUGAUGAGUGUCCCUUCGACAACAGCUGCAUCAACAGACUGUGCCUGGACGUGUGUCAUCCUGGUUUUUGUGGUGAAGCUGCUGACUGUAAGACCUUAGGACACCGACCCACUUGUGUAUGUCCACCAAGCACGACAGGUAACCCAACAGAGAGGUGCACGGCUUUAGCUACCGAGAGACCUAUUACCCACAGGCCUGUAGCGGGUAUCUCAAGUUUACCACCGGGUGAUCCAGUUGUUCCUGCAUCAGGAACUACCACUCCUACCCCACCACCUCUGGUAGAAUUGCCAACAACGGCCCCUCCAGUGCCCACCAGUCCAAGACCACCACCUCUUCCAGUUGUUCCUCCUAUUGUUAUUGCUUGUGAGAACAAUGACGACUGCGCCUCGGACAAUUCCUGCCUCAACAACCUAUGUUACGAUGUAUGCGGUCUUGGUGUGUGUGGAGAUAACGCAGAAUGCAAGAUCACCAGUCAUCGUCCAGUUUGUACCUGUCCUCCAGGAACCACAGGAGAUCCUUUACAUUCAUGUGUAUCCAUCGUCACUGAAAGACCAGUUGGACCGACGCCUCCCACGGCAGAAUUUCCGCCAGCUCAACCAGGUGAUCCAGUGCAUCCAAUUAGUGCACCAACUAGUCCAGGUCAGCCCCCAGUGGCAGAACACCCAACACCCAGACCAAAACCACCUUCUGUGACACAGCCACCACGACCACCCACCCCUGGUCCUGUACCUGUGGGCUGUGAGAGCACUGACGAGUGUCCGUUUGAUAAUUCUUGCGUAAAUAAAUUUUGUCUUGAUAUUUGUUAUCCAGGAUUUUGUGGUGAUAAUGCCGACUGUCAGACAGUUGGACAUCGACCUACUUGUAAAUGUCCACCAGGAACAAGUGGCAACCCUAAUAUCAAGUGCUCAGCUCUUGCUGUAGAGACACCUCCUGCACCAAUUCCUCCGGUUGCUGGGGAUAAGCCUCCUUCAGAAGAGACUGUCAUCCAUCCCAUCGCUGGUCCUACAAGUCCAGGACCUCCUCCUCUGGUGGAGCAACCAACACGUCCUCCUCCAGACCCACCAAUAGAGCGACCUCCUCCACCCGUGAUUGUUCCUCUAGUACCUAUCGCUUGUGAGAACAACGAUGAAUGUGAUGUGGACAAUUCAUGUUUGAACAAUCUGUGUUAUGAUGCAUGCAGUCUUGGGGUUUGUGAUGAUGAAGCUGAUUGUAAGACUAUCAGUCACAGGCCAGUGUGUCUGUGCCCACCAGGGACAACAGGAGAUCCUCAAGUACGGUGCAUAGCCAUAGCAACAGAAAGACCUCUCGUUGUUACAGUACCUCCCAUAGCUGAACAUCCACCUGAUAGUCACACACCUAUCCGGCCAGUUCCUGGACCUACUUCAACACCGCCAUCACCAGUAGCUCAACUUCCAGUUCCUCGACCUACAGAAGCUCCAAUUGCACUGCCUCCUGCAGUACCAACACCACCACCAAACCCCAUAGGUUGUGAGAGCACUGGUGAGUGUCCCUUCGACAACAGCUGCAUCAACAGACUGUGCCUGGACGUGUGUCAUCCUGGUUUUUGUGGUGAAGCUGCUGACUGUAAGACCUUAGGACACCGACCCACUUGUGUAUGUCCACCAGGCACGACAGGUAACCCAACAGAGAGGUGCACGGCUUUAGCUACCGAGAGACCUAUUACCCACAGGCCUGUAGCGGGUAUCUCAAGUUUACCACCGGGUGAUCCAGUUGUUCCUGCAUCAGGAACUACCACUCCUACCCCACCACCUCUGGUAGAAUUGCCAACAACGGCACCUCCAGUGCCCACCAGUCCAAGACCACCACCUCUUCCAGUUGUUCCUCCUAUUGUUAUUGCUUGUGAGAACAAUGACGACUGCGCCUCGGACAAUUCCUGCCUCAACAACCUAUGUUACGAUGUAUGCGGUCUUGGUGUGUGUGGAGAUAACGCAGAAUGCAAGAUCACCAGUCAUCGUCCAGUUUGUACCUGUCCUCCAGGAACCACAGGAGAUCCUUUACAUUCAUGUGUAUCCAUCGUCACUGAAAGACCAGUUGGACCGACGCCUCCCACGGCAGAAUUUCCGCCAGCUCAACCAGGUGAUCCAGUGCAUCCAAUUAGUGCACCAACUAGUCCAGGUCAGCCCCCAGUGGCAGAACACCCAACACCCAGACCAAAACCACCUUCUGUGACACAGCCACCACGACCACCCACCCCUGGUCCUGUACCUGUGGGCUGUGAGAGCACUGACGAGUGUCCGUUUGAUAAUUCUUGCGUAAAUAAAUUUUGUCUUGAUAUUUGUUAUCCAGGAUUUUGUGGUGAUAAUGCCGACUGUCAGACAGUUGGACAUCGACCUACUUGUAAAUGUCCACCAGGAACAAGUGGCAACCCUAAUAUCAAGUGCUCAGCUCUUGCUGUAGAGACACCUCCUGCACCAAUUCCUCCGGUUGCUGGGGAUAAGCCUCCUUCAGAAGAGACUGUCAUCCAUCCCAUCGCUGGUCCUACAAGUCCAGGACCUCCUCCUCUGGUGGAGCAACCAACACGUCCUCCUCCAGACCCACCAAUAGAGCGACCUCCUCCACCCGUGAUUGUUCCUCUAGUACCUAUCGCUUGUGAGAACAACGAUGAAUGUGAUGUGGACAAUUCAUGUUUGAACAAUCUGUGUUAUGAUGCAUGCAGUCUUGGGGUUUGUGAUGAUGAAGCUGAUUGUAAGACUAUCAGUCACAGGCCAGUGUGUCUGUGCCCACCAGGGACAACAGGAGAUCCUCAAGUACGGUGCAUAGCCAUAGCAACAGAAAGACCUCUCGUUGUUACAGUACCUCCCAUAGCUGAACAUCCACCUGAUAGUCACACACCUAUCCGGCCAGUUCCUGGACCUACUUCAACACCGCCAUCACCAGUGGCUCAACUUCCAGUUCCUCGACCUACAGAAGCUCCAAUUGCACUGCCUCCUGCAGUACCAACACCACCACCAAACCCCAUAGGUUGUGAGAGCACUGGUGAGUGUCCCUUCGACAACAGCUGCAUCAACAGACUGUGCCUGGACGUGUGUCAUCCUGGUUUUUGUGGUGAAGCUGCUGACUGUAAGACCUUAGGACACCGACCCACUUGUGUAUGUCCACCAGGCACGACAGGUAACCCAACAGAGAGGUGCACGGCUUUAGCUACCGAGAGACCUAUUACCCACAGGCCUGUAGCGGGUAUCUCAAGUUUACCACCGGGUGAUCCAGUUGUUCCUGCAUCAGGAACUACCACUCCUACCCCACCACCUCUGGUAGAAUUGCCAACAACGGCACCUCCAAUGCCCACCAGUCCAAGACCACCACCUCUUCCAGUUGUUCCUCCUAUUGUUAUUGCUUGUGAGAACAAUGACGACUGCGCCUCGGACAAUUCCUGCCUCAACAACCUAUGUUACGAUGUAUGCGGUCUUGGUGUGUGUGGAGAUAACGCAGAAUGCAAGAUCACCAGUCAUCGUCCAGUUUGUACCUGUCCUCCAGGAACCACAGGAGAUCCUUUACAUUCAUGUGUAUCCAUCGUCACUGAAAGACCAGUAGGACCGACGCCUCCCACGGCAGAAUUUCCGCCAGCUCAACCAGGUGAUCCAGUGCACCCAAUUAGUGCACCAACUAGUCCAGGUCAGCCCCCAGUGGCAGAACACCCAACACCCAGACCAAAACCACCUUCUGUGACACAGCCACCGCGACCACCCACCCCUGGUCCUGUACCUGUGGGCUGUGAAAGCACUGACGAGUGUCCGUUUGAUAAUUCUUGCGUAAAUAAAUUUUGUCUUGAUAUUUGUCAUCCAGGAUUUUGUGGUGAUAAUGCCGACUGUCAGACAGUUGGACAUCGACCGACUUGUAAAUGUCCACCAGGAACAAGUGGCAACCCUAAUAUCAAGUGCUCAGCUCUUGCUGUAGAGACACCUCCUGCACCAAUUCCUCCGGUUGCUGGGGAUAAGCCUCCUUCAGAAGAGACUAUCAUCCAUCCCAUCGCUGGUCCUACAAGUCCAGGACCUCCUCCUCUGGUGGAGCAACCAACACGUCCUCCUCCAGACCCACCAAUAGAGCGACCUCCUCCACCCGUGAUUGUUCCUCUAGUACCUAUCGCUUGUGAGAACAACGAUGAAUGUGAUGUGGACAAUUCAUGUUUGAACAAUCUGUGUUAUGAUGCAUGCAGUCUUGGGGUUUGUGAUGAUGAAGCUGAUUGUAAGACUAUCAGUCACAGGCCAGUGUGUCUGUGCCCACCAGGGACAACAGGAGAUCCUCAAGUACGGUGCAUAGCCAUAGCAACAGAAAGACCUCUCGUUGUUACAAUGCCUCCCAUAGCUGAACAUCCACCCGAUAGUCACACAGCUAUCCGGCCAGUUCCUGGACCUACUUCAACACCGCCAUCACCAGUAGCUCAACUUCCAGUUCCUCGACCUACAGAAGCUCCAAUUGCACUGCCUCCUGCAGUACCAACACCACCACCAAACCCCAUAGGUUGUGAAAGCACUGGUGAGUGUCCCUUCGACAACAGCUGCAUCAACAGACUGUGCCUGGACGUGUGUCAUCCUGGUUUUUGUGGUGAAGCUGCUGACUGUAAGACCUUAGGACACCGACCCACUUGUGUAUGUCCACCAGGCACGACAGGUAACCCAACAGAGAGGUGCACGGCUUUAGCUACCGAGAGACCUAUUACCCACAGGCCUGUAGCGGGUAUCUCAAGUUUACCACCAGGUGAUCCAGUUGUUCCUGCAUCAGGAACUGCCACUCCUACCCCACCACCUCUAGUGGAAUUGCCAACAACGGCACCUCCAGUGCCCACCAGUCCAAGACCACCACCUCUUCCAGUUGUUCCUCCUAUUGUUAUUGCUUGUGAGAACAAUGACGACUGCGCCUCGGACAAUUCCUGCCUCAACAACCUAUGUUACGAUGUAUGCGGUCUUGGUGUGUGUGGAGAUAACGCAGAAUGCAAGAUCACCAGUCAUCGUCCAGUUUGUACCUGUCCUCCAGGAACCACAGGAGAUCCUUUACAUUCAUGUGUAUCCAUCGUCACUGAAAGACCAGUUGGACCGACGCCUCCCAUGGCAGAAUUUCCGCCAGCUCAACCAGGUGAUCCAGUGCAUCCAAUUAGUGCACCAACUAGUCCAGGUCAGCCCCCAGUGGCAGAACACCCAACACCCAGACCAAGACCACCUCCUGUAACAGAGCCGCCACCACCACCCACCCCUGGUCCUGUACCUGUGGGCUGUGAGAGCACUGACGAGUGUCCGUUUGAUAACUCCUGUGUAAAUAAAUUUUGUCUUGAUAUUUGUCAUCCAGGAUUUUGUGGUGAAAAUGCCGACUGUGUUACAAGCGAACAUCGUCCAUUUUGUAAAUGUCCUCCUGGUACAACUGGCAACCCGACUGUAAAGUGCUCAGCUCUUGCUGUAGAGACACCUCCUGCACCCAUUCCUCCGGUUGCUGGGGAUAAGCCUCCUUCAGAAGAGACUGUCAUCCAUCCCAUCGCUGGUCCUACAAGUCCAGGACCUCCUCCUCUGGUGGAGCAACCAACACGUCCUCCUCCAGACCCACCAAUAGAGCGACCUCCUCCACCCGUGAUUGUUCCUCUAGUACCUAUCGCUUGUGAGAACAACGAUGAAUGUGAUGUGGACAAUUCAUGUAUUAACUUGUUGUGUUAUGAUGUAUGCAGCCUUAAAUCCUGUGGUGAUGAUGCUCAAUGUGUUUCAGUCAAGCAUAGACCUGUAUGUCUUUGUCCGCCGGGUACAACUGGAGACCCGCAGGUUGGUUGCAAAGCUACGUCCACAGAGAGGAUAACUACUCUGCCCCCUGUGACACACCGACCCCCACAACAACCACAUAUUCCUAUUCGUCCCAUAACCGGUCCUUCUUCAGAAAGACCCCCUCCAUUAGCGGAACAAGUCAGCGUUGAACCUCUAGAACCUCUCACCACCCCUAGACCCCCAGUACCCACUCCUUCGUCUAUUAUAGUCGGGUGUGAAAGUAAUGAUCACUGUCCUUUUGAUAACACGUGUGUAAAUCGUUACUGCCUGGAUGUGUGUUAUCCAGGUUUAUGUGGAGAAAACGCCAAUUGUCAGACUUUCGGCCACAGACCUUCUUGUACAUGUCCUCCAGGAACCACGGGCAACCCUACAAGACAUUGCUCUGCUCAUAUGACUGACAGACCUGCCACGGUUCCUCCUCUGACAGAGAUACCAAAAUCACCAGAUGUUCUUACUAUCAUUCCCAUUGUUGGUCCCACCAUUACACCACUUCCUCCUCUGGCAGAGAUGCCCACCAGCAGACCCACUGAGGCUAUGCAGCCACCACCUCUGCCCCUUCCGAUUAUUCCUGAUAUUGCAAUUGCGUGUCAGAAUAAUGAUGAAUGCACAGUGGACAACUCUUGUAUCAACAAUCUCUGUUAUGACGUGUGUAGCCUCGGUGUUUGUGGAGAAAAUGCCAAGUGUAAAGUCGAUAAUCAUCGUCCAGUCUGUAGCUGUCCACCAGGUACAUCGGGCACUCCUCCUCAGCAGUGUGUGUCCCUGCUUACAGAAAGACCAGUGACCCCACACCCUCCCAUUGCCGAAUUUCCUCCAGCCUAUCCCGGUGACCCAAUUCGCCCUGUUACCGAGUCAACUAGUCCAGGUCAGCCCCCAGUGGCAGAACACCCAACACCCAGACCCAGACCACCUCCUGUAACAGAGCCGCUGCCACCACCCACCCCUGGUCCUGUACCUGUGGGCUGUGAGAGCACUGACGAGUGUCCGUUUGAUAAUUCUUGUGUAAAUAAACUUUGUCUUGAUAUUUGUCAUCCAGGAUUAUGCGGUGAAAAUGCCGACUGUCAGACAGUUGGACAUCGACCUACUUGUAAAUGUCCACCAGGAACAACUGGCAACCCUAAUAUCAAGUGCUCAGCUCUUGCUGUAGACACACCUCCUGCACCCAUUCCUCCGGUUGCUGGGGAUAAGCCUCCCUCAGAAGAGACUGUCAUCCAUCCCAUCGCUGGUCCUACAAGUCCAGGACCUCCUCCUCUGGUGGAGCAACCAACACGUCCUCCUCCAGACCCCCCGGUGUCUAGCCCUCCACCUUCUCCUCUAAUUCCUUUCAUUUCUAUAGCAUGUGAAAAUAAUGAUGAUUGUGAUUUUGAUAACACUUGCCUUAAUAUGCUCUGCUAUGAUGCAUGCAAUAUUGGGAUAUGUGGUGAAAAUGCUGAUUGCAGAACUGUUAGUCAUAGACCUGUGUGUCUUUGUCCUCCUGGUACAACUGGAAAUCCUCAGAUCAAAUGCACAGCUUUACUUUUUGCAAGUUCAACAACAGUGUCUCCCAUUACCGAGGUGCCGCUCACACCUCUUGAAUCAAUUCGUCCAAUUUCAGAUACAACUUCACGACCCCCACCAAUAGCAGAAACGUCCCAACCUAGACCUCCACUGCCCGCUCCAUCUCGUCCACCAACACCAGUUUCCAUCCCACCAAUCAUAGUCGGGUGCGAGAAGAACGAUCAGUGCAACUUCGACACCACCUGCAUCAAUCGUCUCUGCAUGGACAUUUGUAGUCCUAAACUAUGUGGUGUGAAUGCUGAAUGUCAAACUAUAGGCCACCGACCACUGUGUGUAUGUCCGCCGGGAACUACAGGUAAUCCCACCGAACGUUGCCAUUCGUUAGCAACUGAUAGACCUGUUACUAGUUCACCAAUAGCAGGACAACCACAUACACCACAGUAUCAACCACCUGAACCCGUGCCAGGACCUACCAUAACUACACCUCCUCCACUGGUUGAAAUGCCUACAACGAGACCUCCGUCACUUAUAACAACAACGAUACCACCUCCUAUUAUUCCCUCCAUUGCCAUCGCUUGUGGGAACAAUGACGACUGCACCACAGACAAUUCCUGUGUUAACAACCUAUGUUAUGAUGUAUGCGCUCUUGGUAUAUGUGGAGAUGAUGCAGACUGCCGAAUCGCGAAUCAUCGUCCAGUUUGUACCUGUCCUCCAGGAACCACAGGAGAUCCUUUACAUUCAUGUGUAUCCAUCGUCACAGAAAGACCAGUUGGACCGACGCCUCCCAUGGCAGAAUUUCCGCCAGUACAACCAAAAGAACCAAUACAUCCAAUUAGUGCACCAACUAGUCCAGGUCAGCCCCCAGUGGCAGAACACCCAACACCCAGACCCAGACCACCUCCUGUAACAGAGCCGCCACCACCACCCACCCCUGGUCCUGUACCUGUGGGCUGUGAGAGCACUGACGAGUGUCCGUUUGAUAAUUCUUGUGUAAAUAAACUUUGUCUUGAUAUUUGUUAUCCAGGAUUUUGUGGUGAAAAUGCCGACUGUCAGACAGUUGGACAUCGAGCUACUUGUAAAUGUCCACCAGGAACAACUGGCAACCCUAAUAUCAAGUGCUCAGCUCUUGCUGUAGAGACACCUCCUGCACCCAUUCCUCCGGUUGCUGGAGAUAAGCCUCCCUCAGAAGAGACUGUCAUCCAUCCCAUCGCUGGUCCUACAAGUCCAGGACCUCCUCCUCUGGUGGAGCAACCAACACGUCCUCCUCCAGACCCACCAAUAGAGCGACCUCCUCCACCCGUGAUUGUUCCUCUAGUACCUAUCGCUUGUGAGAACAACGAUGAAUGUGAUGUGGACAAUUCAUGUUUGAACAAGCUGUGUUAUGAUGCAUGCAGUCUUGGGGUUUGUGGUGAUGAAGCUGAUUGUACGACUAUCAGUCACAGGCCAGUGUGUCUGUGCCCACCAGGGACAACAGGAGAUCCUCAAGUAGGGUGCAUAGCUAUAGCAACAGAAAGACCUCUCGUUGUUACAGUACCUCCCAUAGCUGAACAUCCACCCGAUAGUCACACACCUAUCCGGCCAGUUCCUGGACCUACUUCAACACCGCCAUCACCAGUAGCUCAACUUCCAGUUCCUCGACCUACAGAAGCUCCAAUUGCACUGCCUCCUGCAGUACCAACACCACCACCAAACCCCAUAGGUUGUGAGAGCACUGGUGAGUGUCCCUUCGACAACAGCUGCAUCAACAGACUGUGCCUGGACGUGUGUCAUCCUGGUUUUUGUGGUGAGGCUGCUGACUGUAAGACCUUAGGACACCGACCCACUUGUGUAUGUCCACCAGGCACGACAGGUAACCCAACAGAGAGGUGCACGGCUUUAGCUACCGAGAGACCUAUUACCCACAGGCCUGUAGCGGGUAUCUCAAGUUUACCACCGGGUGAUCCAGUUGUUCCUGCAUCAGGAACUACCACUCCUACCCCACCACCUCUGGUAGAAUUGCCAACAACGGCCCCUCCAGUGCCCACCAGUCCAAGACCACCACCUCUUCCAGUUGUUCCUCCUAUUGUUAUUGCUUGUGAGAACAAUGACGACUGCGCCUCGGACAAUUCCUGCCUCAACAACCUAUGUUACGAUGUAUGCGGUCUUGGUGUGUGUGGAGAUAACGCAGAAUGCAAGAUCACCAGUCAUCGUCCAGUUUGUACCUGUCCUCCAGGAACCACAGGAGAUCCUUUACAUUCAUGUGUAUCCAUCGUCACUGAAAGACCAGUUGGACCGACGCCUCCCAUGGCAGAAUUUCCACCAGCUCAACCAGGUGAUCCAGUUCAUCCAAUUAGUGCACCAACUAGUCCAGGUCAGCCCCCAGUGGCAGAACACCCAACACCCAGACCCAGACCACCUCCUGUAACAGAGCCGCCACCACCACCCACCCCUGGUCCUCUACCUGUGGGCUGUGAGAGCAAUCACGAGUGUCCAUCUGAUAACUCCUGUGUAAAUAAACUUUGUCUUGAUAUUUGUCAUCCAGGAUUUUGUGGUGAUAAUGCCGACUGUCAGACAGUUGGACAUCGACCGACUUGUAAAUGUCCACCAGGAACAAGUGGCAACCCUAAUAUCAAGUGCUCAGCUCUUGCUGUAGAGACACCUCCUGCACCAAUUCCUCCGGUUGCUGGGGAUAAGCCUCCUUCAGAAGAGACUGUCAUCCAUCCCAUCGCUGGUCCUACAAGUCCAGGACCUCCUCCUCUAGUGGAGCAACCAACACGUCCUCCUCCAGACCCACCAAUAGAGCGACCUCCUCCACCCGAGAUUGUACCUCUAGUCCCUAUCGCUUGUGAGAACAACGAUGAAUGUGAUAUGGACAAUUCAUGUUUGAACAAGCUGUGUUAUGAUGCAUGCAGUCUUGGGGUUUGUGGUGAUGAAGCUGAUUGUACAACUAUCAGUCACAGGCCAGUGUGUCUGUGCCCACCAGGGACAACAGGAGAUCCUCAAGUAGGGUGCUUAGCCAAAGCAACAGAAAGACCUCUCGUUGUUACAGUACCUCCCAUAGCUGAACAUCCACCUGAUAGUCACAUACCUAUCCGGCCAGUUCCUGGACCUACUUCAACACCGCCAUCACCAGUAGCUCAACUUCCAGUUCCUCGACCUACAGAAGCUCCAAUUGCACUGCCUCCUGCAGUACCAACACCACCACCAAACCCCAUAGGUUGUGAGAGCACUGGUGAGUGUCCCUUCGACAACAGCUGCAUCAACAGACUGUGCCUGGACGUGUGUCAUCCUGGUAUUUGUGGUGAGGCUGCUGACUGUAAGACCUUAGGACACCGACCCACUUGCGUAUGUCCACCAGGCACGACAGGUAACCCAACAGAGAGGUGCACGGCUUUAGCUACCGAGAGACCUAUUACCCACAGGCCUGUAGCGGGUAUCUCAAGUUUACCACCGGGUGAUCCAGUUGUUCCUGCAUCAGGAACUACCACUCCUACCCCACCACCUCUGGUAGAAUUGCCAACAACGGCACCUCCAGUGCCCACCAGUCCAAGACCACCACCUCUUGCUGUUGUUCCUCCUAUUGUUAUUGCUUGUGAGAACAAUGACGACUGCACCUCGGACAAUUCCUGUCUCAACAACCUAUGUUAUGAUGUAUGCGGUCUUGGUAUAUGUGGAGAUGAUGCAGACUGCCGAAUCGCGAAUCAUCGUCCAGUUUGUACCUGUCCUCCAGGAACCACAGGAGAUCCUUUACAUUCAUGUGUAUCCAUCGUCACAGAAAGACCAGUUGGACCGACGCCUCCCAUGGCAGAAUUUCCCCCAGCUCAACCAGGUGAUCCAGUGCAUCCAAUUAGUGCACCAACUAGUCCAGGUCAGCCCCCAGUGGCAGAAGACCCAACACCCAGACCAAGACCACCUCCUGUAACAGAGCCGCCGCCACCACCCACCCCUGGUCCUGUACCUGUGGGCUGUGAGAGCACUGACGAGUGUCCGUUUGAUAAUUCUUGUGUAAAUAAACUUUGUCUUGAUAUUUGUUAUCCAGGAUUUUGUGGUGAAAAUGCCGACUGUCAGACAAUUGGACAUCGAGCUACCUGUAAAUGUCCACCAGGAACAACUGGCAACCCUAAUAUCAAGUGCUCAGCUCUUGCUGUAGAGACACCUCCCGCACCCAUUCCUCCGGUUGCUGGGGAUAAGCCUCCUUCAGAAGAGACUGUCAUCCAUCCCAUCGCUGGUCCUACAAGUCCAGGACCUCCUCCUCUGGUGGAGCAACCAACACGUCCUCCUCCAGACCCACCAAUAGAGCGACCUCCUCCACCCGUGAUUGUUCCUCAAGUACCUAUCGCUUGUGAGAACAACGAUGAAUGUGAUGUGGACAAUUCAUGUUUGAACAAGCUGUGUUAUGAUGCAUGCAGUCUUGGGGUUUGUGGUGAUGAAGCUGAUUGUACGACUAUCAGUCACAGGCCAGUGUGUCUGUGCCCACCAGGGACAACAGGAGAUCCUCAAGUAGGGUGCAUAGCUAUAGCAACAGAAAGACCUCUCGUUGUUACAGUACCUCCCAUAGCUGAACAUCCACCCGAUAGUCACACACCUAUCCGGCCAGUUCCUCCUACUUCAACACCGCCAUCACCAGUAGCUCAACUUCCAGCUCCUCGACCUACAGAAGCUCCAAUUGCACUGCCUCCUGCAGUACCAACACCACCACCAAACCCCAUAGGUUGUGAGAGCACUGGUGAGUGUCCCUUCGACAACAGCUGCAUCAACAGACUGUGCCUGGACGUGUGUCAUCCUGGUAUUUGUGGUGAGGCUGCUGACUGUAAGACCUUAGGACACCGACCCACUUGUGUAUGUCCACCAGGCACGACAGGUAACCCAACAGAGAGGUGCACGGCUUUAGCUACCGAGAGACCUAUUACCCACAGGCCUGUAGCGGGUAUCUCAAGUUUACCACCGGGUGAUCCAGUUGUUCCUGCAUCAGGAGCUACCACUCCUACCCCACCACCUCUGGUAGAAUUGCCAACAACGGCACCCCCAGUGCCCACCAGUCCAAGACCACCACCUCUUGCUGUUGUUCCUCCUAUUGUUAUUGCUUGUGAGAACAAUGACGACUGCACCUCGGACAAUUCCUGUCUCAACAACCUAUGUUAUGAUGUAUGCGGUCUUGGUAUAUGUGGAGAUGAUGCUGACUGCCGAAUCGCGAAUCAUCGUCCAGUUUGUACCUGUCCUCCAGGAACCACAGGAGAUCCUUUACAUUCAUGUGUAUCCAUCGUCACAGAAAGACCAGUUGGACCGACGCCUCCCAUGGCAGAAUUUCCACCAGCUCAACCAGUUGAUCCAGUGCAUCCAAUUAGUGCACCAACUAGUCCAGGUCAGCCCCCAGUGGCAGAACACCCAACACCCAGACCAAGACCACCUCCUGUAACAGAGCCGCCACCACCACCCACCCCUGGUCCUGUACCUGUGGGCUGUGAGAGCACUGACGAGUGUCCGUUUGAUAACUCCUGUGUAAAUAAACUUUGUCUUGAUAUUUGUUAUCCAGGAUUUUGUGGUGAAAAUGCCGACUGUCAGACAAUUGGACAUCGACCUACUUGUAAAUGUCCACCAGGAACAAGUGGCAACCCUAAUAUCAAGUGCUCAGCUCUUGCUGUAGAGACACCUCCUGCACCCAUUCCUCCGGUUGCUGGGGAUAAGCCUCCUUCAGAAGAGACUGUCAUCCAGCCCAUUCCUGGUCCUACAAGUCCAGGACCUCCUCCUCUGGUGGAGCAACCAACACGUCCUCCUCCAGACCCACCAAUAGAGCGACCUCCUCCACCCGUGAUUGUUCCUCUAGUACCUAUCGCUUGUGAGAACAACGAUGAAUGUGAUGUGGACAAUUCAUGUUUGAACAAGCUGUGUUAUGAUGCAUGCAGUCUUGGGGUUUGUGGUGAUGAAGCUGAUUGUAAGACUAUCAGUCACAGGCCAGUGUGUCUGUGCCCACCAGGGACAACAGGAGAUCCUCAAGUAGGGUGCAUAGCUAUAGCAACAGAAAGACCUCUCGUUGUUACAGUACCUCCCAUAGCUGAACAUCCACCUGAUAGUCACACACCUAUCCGGCCAGUUCCUGGACCUACUUCAACACCGCCAUCACCAGUAGCUCAACUUCCAGUUCCUCGACCUACAGAAGCUCCAAUUGCACUGCCUCCUGCAGUACCAACACCACCACCAAACCCCAUAGGUUGUGAGAGCACUGGUGAGUGUCCCUUCGACAACAGCUGCAUCAACAGACUGUGCCUGGACGUGUGUCAUCCUGGUAUUUGUGGUGAGGCUGCUGACUGUAAGACCUUAGGACACCGACCCACUUGCGUAUGUCCACCAGGCACGACAGGUAACCCAACAGAGAGGUGCACGGCUUUAGCUACCGAGAGACCUAUUACCCACAGGCCUGUAGCGGGUAUCUCAAGUUUACCACCGGGUGAUCCAGUUGUUCCUGCAUCAGGAACUACCACUCCUACCCCACCACCUCUGGUAGAAUUGCCAACAACGGCACCUCCAGUGCCCACCAGUCCAAGACCACCACCUCUUGCUGUUGUUCCUCCUAUUGUUAUUGCUUGUGAGAACAAUGACGACUGCACCUCGGACAAUUCCUGUCUCAACAACCUAUGUUAUGAUGUAUGCGGUCUUGGUAUAUGUGGAGAUGAUGCAGACUGCCGAAUCGCGAAUCAUCGUCCAGUUUGUACCUGUCCUCCAGGAACCACAGGAGAUCCUUUACAUUCAUGUGUAUCCAUCGUCACAGAAAGACCAGUUGGACCGACGCCUCCCAUGGCAGAAUUUCCCCCAGCUCAACCAGGUGAUCCAGUGCAUCCAAUUAGUGCACCAACUAGUCCAGGUCAGCCCCCAGUGGCAGAAGACCCAACACCCAGACCAAGACCACCUCCUGUAACAGAGCCGCCGCCACCACCCACCCCUGGUCCUGUACCUGUGGGCUGUGAGAGCACUGACGAGUGUCCGUUUGAUAAUUCUUGUGUAAAUAAACUUUGUCUUGAUAUUUGUUAUCCAGGAUUUUGUGGUGAAAAUGCCGACUGUCAGACAAUUGGACAUCGAGCUACCUGUAAAUGUCCACCAGGAACAACUGGCAACCCUAAUAUCAAGUGCUCAGCUCUUGCUGUAGAGACACCUCCCGCACCCAUUCCUCCGGUUGCUGGGGAUAAGCCUCCUUCAGAAGAGACUGUCAUCCAUCCCAUCGCUGGUCCUACAAGUCCAGGACCUCCUCCUCUGGUGGAGCAACCAACACGUCCUCCUCCAGACCCACCAAUAGAGCGACCUCCUCCACCCGUGAUUGUUCCUCAAGUACCUAUCGCUUGUGAGAACAACGAUGAAUGUGAUGUGGACAAUUCAUGUUUGAACAAGCUGUGUUAUGAUGCAUGCAGUCUUGGGGUUUGUGGUGAUGAAGCUGAUUGUACGACUAUCAGUCACAGGCCAGUGUCUGUGCCACUCAGGUCACAGCCAGGAGAUCCUGCUAGAGAGGGGUGCACGGCUUUAGCUACCGAGAGACCUAUUACCCACAGGCCUGUAGCGGGUAUCUCAAGUUUACCACCGGGUGAUCCAGUUGUUCCUGCAUCAGGAGCUACCACUCCUACCCCACCACCUCUGGUAGAAUUGCCAACAACGGCACCCCCAGUGCCCACCAGUCCAAGACCACCACCUCUUGCUGUUGUUCCUCCUAUUGUUAUUGCUUGUGAGAACAAUGACGACUGCACCUCGGACAAUUCCUGUCUCAACAACCUAUGUUAUGAUGUAUGCGGUCUUGGUAUAUGUGGAGAUGAUGCUGACUGCCGAAUCGCGAAUCAUCGUCCAGUUUGUACCUGUCCUCCAGGAACCACAGGAGAUCCUUUACAUUCAUGUGUAUCCAUCGUCACAGAAAGACCAGUUGGACCGACGCCUCCCAUGGCAGAAUUUCCACCAGCUCAACCAGUUGAUCCAGUGCAUCCAAUUAGUGCACCAACUAGUCCAGGUCAGCCCCCAGUGGCAGAACACCCAACACCCAGACCAAGACCACCUCCUGUAACAGAGCCGCCACCACCACCCACCCCUGGUCCUGUACCUGUGGGCUGUGAGAGCACUGACGAGUGUCCGUUUGAUAAUUCUUGUGUAAAUAAACUUUGUCUUGAUAUUUGUUAUCCAGGAUUUUGUGGUGAAAAUGCCGACUGUCAGACAAUUGGACAUCGACCUACUUGUAAAUGUCCACCAGGAACAACUGGCAACCCUAAUAUCAAGUGCUCAGCUCUUGCUGUAGACACACCUCCUGCACCCAUUCCUCCGGUUGCUGGGGAUAUGCCUCCCUCAGAGGAGACUAUCAUCCAUCCCAUCGCUGGUCCUACAAGUCCAGGACCUCCUCCUCUGGUGGAGCAACCAACACGUCCUCCUCCAGACCCACCAAUAGAGCGACCUCCUCCACCCGUGAUUGUUCCUCUAGUACCUAUCGCCUGUGAGAACAACGAUGAAUGUGAUGUGGACAAUUCAUGUUUGAACAAGCUGUGUUAUGAUGCAUGCAGUCUUGGGGUUUGUGGUGAUGAAGCUGAUUGUACGACUAUCAGUCACAGGCCAGUGUGUCUGUGCCCACCAGGGACAACAGGAGAUCCUCAAGUAGGGUGCAUAGCUAUAGCAACAGAAAGACCUCUCGUUGUUACAGUACCUCCCAUAGCUGAACAUCCACCCGAUAGUCACACACCUAUCCGGCCAGUUCCUGGACCUACUUCAACACCGCCAUCACCAGUAGCUCAACUUCCAGUUCCUCGACCUACAGAAGCUCCAAUUGCACUGCCUCCUGCAGUACCAACACCACCACCAAACCCCAUAGGUUGUGAGAGCACUGGUGAGUGUCCCUUCGACAACAGCUGCAUCAACAGACUGUGCCUGGACGUGUGUCAUCCUGGUAUUUGUGGUGAGGCUGCUGACUGUAAGACCUUAGGACACCGACCCACUUGUGUAUGUCCACCAGGCACGACAGGUAACCCAACAGAGAGGUGCACGGCUUUAGCUACCGAGAGACCUAUUACCCACAGGCCUGUAGCGGGUAUCUCAAGUUUACCACCGGGUGAUCCAGUUGUUCCUGCAUCAGGAACUACCACUCCUACCCCACCACCUCUGGUAGAAUUGCCAACAACGGCACCUCCAGUGCCCACCAGUCCAAGACCACCACCUCUUGCUGUUGUUCCUCCUAUUGUUAUUGCUUGUGAGAACAAUGACGACUGCACCUCGGACAAUUCCUGUCUCAACAACCUAUGCUAUGAUGUAUGCGGUCUUGGUAUAUGUGGAGAUGAUGCUGACUGCCGAAUCGCGAAUCAUCGUCCAGUUUGUACCUGUCCUCCAGGAACCACAGGAGAUCCUUUACAUUCAUGUGUAUCCAUCGUCACAGAAAGACCAGUUGGACCGACGCCUCCCAUGGCAGAAUUUCCACCAGCUCAACCAGGAGAUCCAGUACAUCCAAUUAGUGCACCAACUAGUCCAGGUCAGCCCCCAGUGGCAGAACACCCAACACCCAGACCCAGACCACCUCCUGUAACAGAGCCGCCACCACCACCCACCCCUGGUCCUGUGCCUGUGGGCUGUGAGAGCACUGACGAGUGUCCGUUUGAUAAUUCUUGUGUAAAUAAACUUUGUCUUGAUAUUUGUCAUCCAGGAUUAUGCGGUGAAAAUGCCGACUGUCAGACAAUUGGACAUCGAGCUACUUGUAAAUGUCCACCAGGAACAACUGGCAACCCUAAUAUCAAGUGCUCAGCUCUUGCUGUAGAGACACCUCCUGCACCAAUUCCUCCGGUUGCUGGGGAUAAGCCUCCUUCAGAAGAGACUGUCAUCCAUCCCAUCGCUGGUCCUACAAGUCCAGGAUCUCCUCCUCUGGUGGAGCAACCAACACGUCCUCCUCCAGACCCACCAAUAGACCGACCUCCUCCACCCGUGAUUGUUCCUCAAGUACCUAUCGCUUGUGAGAACAACGAUGAAUGUGAUGUGGACAAUUCAUGUUUGAACAAGCUGUGUUAUGAUGCAUGCAGUCUUGGGGUUUGUGGCGAUGAAGCUGAUUGUACGACUAUCAGUCACAGGCCAGUGUGUCUGUGCCCACCAGGGACAACAGGAGAUCCUCAAGUAGGGUGCAUAGCCAUAGCAACAGAAAGACCUCUCGUUGUUACCGUACCUCCCAUAGCUGAACAUCCACCUGAUAGUCACACACCUAUCCGGCCAGUUCCUGGACCUACUUCAACACCGCCAUCACCAGUGGCUCAACUUCCAGUUCCUCGACCUACAGAAGCUCCAAUUGCACUGCCUCCUGCAGUACCAACACCACCACCAAACCCCAUAGGUUGUGAGAGCACUGGUGAGUGUCCCUUCGACAACAGCUGCAUCAACAGACUGUGCCUGGACGUGUGUCAUCCUGGUAUUUGUGGUGAGGCUGCUGACUGUAAGACCUUAGGACACCGACCCACUUGUGUAUGUCCACCAGGCACGACAGGUAACCCAACAGAGAGGUGCACGGCUUUAGCUACCGAGAGACCUAUUACCCACAGGCCUGUAGCGGGUAUCUCAAGUUUACCACCGGGUGAUCCAGUUGUUCCUGCAUCAGGAACUACCACUCCUACCCCACCACCUCUGGUAGAAUUGCCAUCAACCGCACCUCCAGUGCCCACCAGUCCAAGACCACCACCUCUUGCUGUUGUUCCUCCUAUUGUUAUUGCUUGUGAGAACAAUGACGACUGCACCUCGGACAAUUCCUGCCUCAACAACCUAUGUUACGAUGUAUGCGGUCUUGGUAUAUGUGGAGAUGAUGCUGACUGCCGAAUCGCAAAUCAUCGUCCAGUUUGUACCUGUCCUCCAGGAACCACAGGAGAUCCUUUACAUUCAUGUGUAUCCAUCGUCACUGAAAGACCAGUUGGACCGACGCCUCCCACGGCAGAAUUUCCACCAGCUCAACCAGAUGAUCCAGUGCAUCCAAUUAGUGCACCAACUAGUCCAGGUCAGCCCCCAGUGGCAGAACACCCAACACCCAGACCCAGACCACCUCCUGUAACAGAGCCGCCACCAUCACCCACCCCUGGUCCUGUACCUGUGGGCUGUGAGAGCACUGACGAGUGUCCGUUUGAUAACUCCUGUGUAAAUAAACUUUGUCUUGAUAUUUGUCAUCCAGGAUUUUGUGGUGAAAAUGCCGACUGUCAGACAGUUGGACAUCGAGCUACUUGUAAAUGUCCACCAGGAACAACUGGCAACCCUAAUAUCAAGUGCUCAGCUCUUGCUGUAGAGACACCUCCUGCACCAAUUCCUCCGGUUGCUGGGGAUAAGCCUCCUUCAGAAGAGACUGUCAUCCAUCCCAUCGCUGGACCUACAAGUCCAGGAUCUCCUCCUCUGGUGGAGCAACCAACACGUCCUCCUCCAGACCCACCAAUAGAGCGACCUCCUCCACCCGUGAUUGUUCCUCUAGUACCUAUCGCUUGUGAGAACAACGAUGAAUGUGAUGUGGACAAUUCAUGUUUGAACAAGCUGUGUUAUGAUGCAUGCAGUCUUGGGGUUUGUGGUGAUGAAGCUGAUUGUACGACUAUCAGUCACAGGCCAGUGUGUCUGUGCCCACCAGGGACAACAGGAGAUCCUCAAGUAGGGUGCAUAGCCAUAGCAACAGAAAGACCUCUCGUUGUUACAGUACCUCCCAUAGCUGAACAUCCACCUGAUAGUCACACACCUAUCCGGCCAGUUCCUGGACCUACUUCAACACCGCCAUCACCAGUAGCUCAACUUCCAGUUCCUCGACCUACAGAAGCUCCAAUUGCACUGCCUCCUGCAGUACCAACACCACCACCAAACCCCAUAGGUUGUGAGAGCACUGGUGAGUGUCCCUUCGACAACAGCUGCAUCAACAGACUGUGCCUGGACGUGUGUCAUCCUGGUAUUUGUGGUGAGGCUGCUGACUGUAAGACCUUAGGACACCGACCCACUUGUGUAUGUCCACCAGGCACGACAGGUAACCCAACAGAGAGGUGCACGGCUUUAGCUACCGAGAGACCUAUUACCCACAGGCCUGUAGCGGGUAUCUCAAGUUUACCACCGGGUGAUCCAGUUGUUCCUGCAUCAGGAACUACCACUCCUACCCCACCACCUCUGGUAGAAUUGCCAACAACGGCACCUCCAGUGCCCACCAGUCCAAGACCACCACCUCUUGCUGUUGUUCCUCCUAUUGUUAUUGCUUGUGAGAACAAUGACGACUGCACCUCGGACAAUUCCUGUCUCAACAACCUAUGCUAUGAUGUAUGCGGUCUUGGUAUAUGUGGAGAUGAUGCUGACUGCCGAAUCGCGAAUCAUCGUCCAGUUUGUACCUGUCCUCCAGGAACCACAGGAGAUCCUUUACAUUCAUGUGUAUCCAUCGUCACAGAAAGACCAGUUGGACCGACGCCUCCCACGGCAGAAUUUCCGCCAGCUCAACCAGGAGAUCCAGUGCAUCCAAUUAGUGCACCAACUAGUCCAGGUCAGCCCCCAGUGGCAGAACACCCAACACCCAGACCCAGACCACCUCCUGUAACAGAGCCGCCACCAUCACCCACCCCUGGUCCUGUACCUGUGGGCUGUGAGAGCACUGACGAGUGUCCGUUUGAUAACUCCUGUGUAAAUAAACUUUGUCUUGAUAUUUGUCAUCCAGGAUUUUGUGGUGAAAAUGCCGACUGUCAGACAGUUGGACAUCGAGCUACUUGUAAAUGUCCACCAGGAACAACUGGCAACCCUAAUAUCAAGUGCUCAGCUCUUGCUGUAGAGACACCUCCUGCACCAAUUCCUCCGGUUGCUGGGGAUAAGCCUCCUUCAGAAGAGACUGUCAUCCAUCCCAUCGCUGGACCUACAAGUCCAGGAUCUCCUCCUCUGGUGGAGCAACCAACACGUCCUCCUCCAGACCCACCAAUAGAGCGACCUCCUCCACCCGUGAUUGUUCCUCUAGUACCUAUCGCUUGUGAGAACAACGAUGAAUGUGAUGUGGACAAUUCAUGUUUGAACAAGCUGUGUUAUGAUGCAUGCAGUCUUGGGGUUUGUGGUGAUGAAGCUGAUUGUACGACUAUCAGUCACAGGCCAGUGUGUCUGUGCCCACCAGGGACAACAGGAGAUCCUCAAGUAGGGUGCAUAGCCAUAGCAACAGAAAGACCUCUCGUUGUUACAGUACCUCCCAUAGCUGAACAUCCACCUGAUAGUCACACACCUAUCCGGCCAGUUCCUGGACCUACUUCAACACCGCCAUCACCAGUAGCUCAACUUCCAGUUCCUCGACCUACAGAAGCUCCAAUUGCACUGCCUCCUGCAGUACCAACACCACCACCAAACCCCAUAGGUUGUGAGAGCACUGGUGAGUGUCCCUUCGACAACAGCUGCAUCAACAGACUGUGCCUGGACGUGUGUCAUCCUGGUAUUUGUGGUGAGGCUGCUGACUGUAAGACCUUAGGACACCGACCCACUUGUGUAUGUCCACCAGGCACGACAGGUAACCCAACAGAGAGGUGCACGGCUUUAGCUACCGAGAGACCUAUUACCCACAGGCCUGUAGCGGGUAUCUCAAGUUUACCACCGGGUGAUCCAGUUGUUCCUGCAUCAGGAACUACCACUCCUACCCCACCACCUCUGGUAGAAUUGCCAACAACGGCACCUCCAGUGCCCACCAGUCCAAGACCACCACCUCUUGCUGUUGUUCCUCCUAUUGUUAUUGCUUGUGAGAACAAUGACGACUGCACCUCGGACAAUUCCUGUCUCAACAACCUAUGUUAUGAUGUAUGCGGUCUUGGUAUAUGUGGAGAUGAUGCUGACUGCCGAAUCGCGAAUCAUCGUCCAGUUUGUACCUGUCCUCCAGGAACCACAGGAGAUCCUUUACAUUCAUGUGUAUCCAUCGUCACAGAAAGACCAGUUGGACCGACGCCUCCCACGGCAGAAUUUCCGCCAGCUCAACCAGGAGAUCCAGUGCAUCCAAUUAGUGCACCAACUAGUCCAGGUCAGCCCCCAGUGGCAGAACACCCAACACCCAGACCCAGACCACCUCCUGUAACAGAGCCGCCACCAUCACCCACCCCUGGUCCUGUGCCUGUGGGCUGUGAGAGCACUGACGAGUGUCCGUUUGAUAACUCCUGUGUAAAUAAACUUUGUCUUGAUAUUUGUUAUCCAGGAUUUUGUGGUGAAAAUGCCGACUGUCAGACAAUUGGACAUCGAGCUACUUGUAAAUGUCCACCAGGAACAACUGGGAACCCUAAUAUCAAGUGCUCAGCUCUUGCUGUAGACAUACCUGCACCCAUUCCUCCGGUUGCUGGGGAUAAGCCUCCCUCAGAGGAGACUGUCUUCCAUCCCAUCGCUGGUCCUACAAGUCCAGGACCUCCUCCUCUGGUGGAGCAACCAACACGUCCUCCUCCAGACCCACCAAUAGAGCGACCUCCUCCACCCGUGAUUGUUCCUCUAGUUCCUAUCGCUUGUGAGAACAAUGAUGGGUGUGAUGUGGACAAUUCAUGUUUGAACAAGCUGUGUUAUGAUGCAUGCAGUCUUGGGGUUUGUGGUGAUGAAGCUGAUUGUACAACUAUCAGUCACAGGCCAGUGUGUCUGUGCCCACCAGGGACAACAGGAGAUCCUCAAGUACGGUGUAUUUCUCUUGUUACUGUCCGACCUGAGACUGUUAGGCCAAUGACGGAUGUAACACCACUGCACCCACAGAAGCCUGUCCGUCCGAUUUCUGGUCCCACGGAACCCCCUGUUCCACCAGUUGUGUCUUUAAGCCCACCUAGACCUCCUGAUGGCCCCAUUCCUUUCGUGCCUCCAGUGCCCACUCCGCCCCCUAUACCCGUUGGGUGCUCUAGCAACGAUGAAUGUCCUUUUGAUAAUACUUGUGUUAACAAACUUUGCCUAAAUGUUUGUUAUCCUGGAUUGUGUGGUCACAACGCCGAUUGCCAAACAACAGGGCACCGACCUGAAUGUGUGUGUCCCAGUGGUACUACUGGUAACCCCACUGUAGCGUGUACUUCGUUGACUACCGAGAGACCCGUCACACCAGAGCCCCCUCUUGGUGUGACCAUCUCCCCACCACCUGCACAACCUAUAGUACCUGUCGGAGGACCAACAUCACCCUCACCUGAUCCAAUAGUUAUUACGCCCACCACAAGGCCUACUCAGCAUCCCCUUCCCAGGCCUCCAAUACCUCCCAUCCAACCGCCGAUAAUUAUAGCGUGCCAGAACAAAGAUGAGUGUCCCACAGACAAUUCUUGUGUAAAUCACAUCUGUUAUGACGUUUGUGGUCUGGGCAUUUGUGGUGAAAAUUCCGAUUGCCAGAUUUUCAACCACCGGCCAGUUUGUAGCUGUCCCCCAGGCACCACAGGCACCCCUACCGAGGGCUGCCAAGCUCUGACGAUGCACACAACUACGCAGUCCACACCUAUCACAGGCACUCCACCUUCAUCCACAUAUGAUCCCGUCAUUGCAGUGGGUGUGCCACCCUCCACCUCACAAACACCACUGGGUGAACCAGGCACUCCCAGGCCAAUUCUACCUCCUGUUAUUCGGCCACCACCUCCACCCACAGCUCCUCCUAUGCCAAUUGGGUGUGCGAGUACAGCUGAGUGCCCAUAUGACAACUCAUGCGUGAAUAAGCUUUGUCUCGACGUGUGUCAUCCAGGUCUGUGUGGCGAAAAUGCAGAUUGUCAGACGAGGGUACAUAGGGUUGAGUGCACUUGUCCACCAGGGACCACGGGUAAUCCCACCCUGAAGUGUUCUGCAUUGGCAGUGUUAGAACCAUCCACACCUGCACCACCAUUGAGCGGGGAUCAUAGCCCCCCACCCGACCACCCAAUUCGGCCUGUGUCUGCUCCAACCUCCACUCAGCUGCCACCCAUCAUCCAACUCCCCACCGCCCGCCCGACUGAGCCACCGUUCUCCGCCCCUCCACCUCAACCCAUAGUUCCACCUAUACUCAUCGCAUGUGAGAAUAAUGAUGAUUGUGACCUAGACAACUCCUGUAUCAACCUACUGUGUUACCCUGUUUGUGCUCUGGGAAUUUGUGGAGAAAAUGCCGACUGUAAGACCCUGGAUCACCGGCCAGUGUGUGUUUGUCCUAGUGGCACUACAGGCAACCCCCAGCACUAUUGCCAAGCACUUGAGGCGAAGCUGCCGACCACCAAAGCCCCGCCCAUUGUGGAAACAUCUCCGCACCCCAAGGAACCCAUCAUGCCUCUGUCAGGGCCCACCUCACCCACCCCGCCCCCCAUGGUGCAAACACAGCCGCCUCGGGAGAAGCCGACGCCACUCACUAGACCACCCCCGCCAGCCACAGACCCACCUAUGCCCAUCGGCUGCAGCACCAGUGGUGAGUGUGCUUUCGACGAGCAGUGUUACAAUCGUAUUUGUGGGAAGGUGUGCGGCGUCCAGCUGUGUGAUCCCAACAGUGAGUGCAUUGCCCAGAUGCAUCAUGCCAUCUGUUCCCCUACAGUGCCCAUGAUUGAACGUCCACAGUGUGUGGUGGAUCAAGAUUGCUUCACCACCCAGGUGUGCACCAGUAAUGUGUGCAGAGACGUGUGCCUCACCAGCAACCCCUGCGCUCCUAUGGCUGUAUGCACUGCCGAGAACCACCGGCCCCACUGUAACUGCCCACCAGGGUAUAUCGGUAAUCCUUUCACUUCCUGCCGACGACCAGAACCACCUACUCCGCCACCCAUCCAGGUACUUACCACACCAAAGCCGGAUUGCAUAGUAGACAGUGACUGCCCUUAUCACCUGGCUUGCAUCAACCAACAAUGCCUUGAUCCUUGCAUACACAGAGACGUGUGUGGCUUCAACGCUGAGUGCAUCGUUACGGUGCACACGCCGACGUGUUUGUGCAGUCCUGGAUACACUGGUAACCCUUACGUAAGGUGCUAUCCGCCCACCACCCCCGCCCCGACCCCUGCACCGCCCGUGCUCAAGCCACAGUGCAUUCGAAAUGAAGAUUGUCAUGCCGACCAGGCUUGCUACAACGGCAAUUGCCAGAACCCUUGUCUGGUGGCCAACCCGUGUUCUCCGACGGCUCUGUGCGAUGCUGUCAGGCACCGCGCCGUCUGUUCUUGUCCCCGAGGCAUGACCGGUGACCCCUAUCUCCAGUGCACCACCAUUGAGGUGCCAACGCCGCAGCCUGGGUGCCUAACGGAUGACGAGUGCAGUGACACUCUGUCCUGCAUCAACCAGCAGUGCCAGAACCCUUGUGACUUAUAUAACAACUGUGCUCCUAAUGCCGAGUGCCACGUCAUUCGUCAUAGGGCCGUGUGCUCGUGCCCUGACGGUUACUCUGGCAACCCCAACAUCCAGUGUUUUGUUGCUGGAUGUAGGUCCAACUCUGACUGCCCCGUCCUACACGCCUGCAUCAACAGAGACUGUGAGGACCCCUGUGAGUACGAGAAGUGUGGCCUCAACGCCGAGUGUCGGGUCCUCAACCAAAGAGCACAGUGCUACUGCCCCGAGAGGUUCUUGGGCGACCCAUACGUGCAGUGUACGAGGCCAGAUUGUAUGGCCGACCCAGAGUGCCCGUCGUGGCAGGCGUGCAUCAGUCAGGAGUGUCGCGACCCUUGUAACUGUGGUGCAGGAGCUGACUGCCGCGUCCACAACCACAGGCCCUCGUGUAUUUGUCCCCCUGGCUAUGAGGGCGACGCCAACGUUCAGUGUGUCCUCAAGCCAGAGCGCCCGGCGACGUUCAAAGAGUGCCAGACGGACGGUGAAUGCCCCAGUAAACUAGCGUGCUUCAGUGGCCGCUGUGACGACCCUUGUCAGGUGAUUGACCCCUGUGGACACAAUGCCAAGUGUGGCGUGAUCGACACUCUGCCCUACAGAACCAUGACGUGUGAAUGUGUGCCGGGCUACAUCGGCAACGCCUACGUCGAGUGUACACCAAAACCGACGGAAGCUCCAGGGUGCACGACGAAUGACGAGUGUGGUCCUUCAGAAGUGUGUCGGAAUCGUCUAUGCCUCGACCCGUGUGUAGUUGUCAACCCCUGUGCCCCUAGCGCCGAGUGUCAGGUCAUCAACCGGAGCACAGACUGUUCCUGUCCACCAGGGUAUACCGGCAACCCUUACGUCAACUGUUACCUGACUGCCCCUCGACCACCUCGCAAGUGUGAGAUAGACAUCGACUGUUUUAAAAUCGACUCGUGUUUGGAUUCCCGUUGUCAAAAUCCCUGCUUCGUGGCCAACCCCUGCCCGGAUUCGGCCGUGUGUAAGCCCUACAAGCACCAACCCUACUGUCUGUGCCCUGACAACACCACGGGCGACCCCUGGGUAGGCUGUGUACCAGAGCCGAAGGAGGAACCAGAAUGCCGUGUUGACCCUGACUGCGAAACUGACAAAGCGUGCGUCAAGGAGGUGUGUGUAGACCCCUGCCUCGAGGAGGACCCUUGUGGCCGCGAUGCUUUCUGCCGUACUCAACAACACAGACCCACCUGCUACUGCCUCGAUGGCUGGGCUGGGAACCCACAGAUCCAGUGCUUCAAGCCCGAGUGUACGAAGGACGAGGAGUGUCUCACGAACAAGGCGUGUAUCAACCAGAACUGUGUGGAUCCCUGCACCUACAGCGGUCCAGCUUGUGGCCUCCAAGCACAGUGCCGUCCCAUCCUGCACCAUGCACAGUGUUUCUGCCCACCAGGUACCCAAGGCGACCCCACUGUUGCAUGUGUCAUCGUCGGCUGUCGCUCCAAUGAUGAUUGCUCCGACGACAAGGCCUGUGACCACCUCAACCGCGUGUGUGUUCCUGUGUGUGAAGAAACCACCUGUGCAGUGAAGGCUCAGUGUCACGCUGCCAACCAUGCUGCCAUGUGUGUGUGUCCACCUCCCUUCACUGGCAACCCCUACUUACAGUGCUACCAACUACAAGAGCCUCCAGUUAUCGAGCCUGAGUGCCGCAGCGAUUCCGACUGUCCUUCACAGCAGGGAUGUAUCAAUGACCACUGCAAGAACCCAUGUGCAGUCAACUCGCCUUGCCUCCCCACCCAAGAAUGCCGAGUGGUGGACAAUGUGCCACGAAGGACCAUCUUAUGUGAAUGUCCGCCUGACCAUAUCUUCGUUCAGGAUGGCGUCUGUGUCAAGCCAGAACCUGAGUGUCGUGUUGAUUCUGACUGCAACACGGACGAGGCGUGUAGGCAGGGCACCUGCACCAACGUGUGUCGUGGGGAGCGCUGUGGCCUUAAUGCUCUAUGCUCAGGUCGCAACCACAGGCACCAGUGCCGCUGUUUCGAGGGCUAUGAAGGAGAUCCUUUAGUUCACUGUAAGAGAGUACCUGUGGUCGAACCCCCCACACCAGACUGCACCACAGACGAUGAUUGUAGCGAUUCUGAGUCUUGUUACAACCAGAGGUGCAUCAACCCGUGCUUCAAUGGUGACCCGUGCAGCCGCAACGCCUUCUGCUACACUCGCAAUCACAGCCCAGUGUGCAGGUGUCCUGACGGCUAUGUCGGUGACCCACAAGUUGAAUGCCGUCCUUCGACGGUGCCAGGACCAGUGGGUGUACCGCCUAACCUGACUGUUGGGGGCGAUGGCCAGGCUUGUAGCACCCACCAGGACUGUGGCCCCAACCAGUGGUGCCAGGGGGGCAAAUGUGCCCUUCCUUGUCCCACUUCUUGCCCAACCAGUGCCCAGUGCCAGGUAAACCAGCAAAGACCUGUGUGUUCGUGCCCGCCAUCAACCACGGGUGACCCUCACGUCUCCUGCUCCACAAGUAAGCUCCGCCUCCCUCCCUCAUGUGUACCUGUGAUAAUGUCUUGCUUUAUCUAUCUAAGAUCUCCUGGAUCUUAUUUAGCUCACUUGUAUAUAACAUACGACGUAUGUGUAGCCUUCCUCUUAACCUGUCCCCUUCCCGUUAUCACAGUCGGCUGUGUGACAGACUCCGACUGUCCCUACACUGAAAAAUGCUACAAUGGAAAUUGCCGUAAUCCUUGCCAUGCGGAUCGGCCAUGUGCACCCACAGCCCAGUGCACUCCAGAAAACCACAGCGCUGUGUGCACUUGUAGUCCGGGCUACACGGGCGAGCCAACCACCUCUUGCCUGGCCAUUGGCUGCUCCUCCAGUGACGAGUGUCCAUCAGAUAAGGCGUGUUAUAGGGGAUCAUGCGUGGACCCCUGCCUGCUGGAGAGAGCAUGUGGUCCUGGGUCGUCUUGCACUCCCCAGCACCACACCACCUCCUGCGUGUGUCGCCCAGGACUCUUGGGUGAUCCCUACACUGGCUGCUCCCCACCACCCACGCCUCAGUGCCGCUCAGACUUUGACUGUGCUGAAGAACUAGGUUGUGUUGAUGGAGAGUGUAAAGAUCUGUGCACAUACAUGAAACCAUGCGGAGUGAAAGCCGAGUGCCGCGUUAUAGACUUAGAUCAUCUGCGUACAGUAGUGUGUGAGUGUCCUCCGGGACACACUGGAAGUGCCUAUGACGAGUGCCUUGUAAUUGAUGAAAAAGAAUCGGGUUGCCAGUAUGAAGCAGACUGCCCAUUAUUCCAUGCGUGUGUAAACAAGCAGUGUAGAGACCCGUGUGAGGGAGAACCAUGUGCUGAGAAUGCUGUGUGUAGGGCCGUCAACCAUCGCCCCAUCUGUUACUGUCCCUCAGGAUACACAGGUGAUGGACACAAUGCUUGCUCUCAGCUGGAGUGUAGGACUGAUACUGACUGUGAGGACAGUAGUGUUUGCCACAAUUACAGAUGUGUAGACGCUUGUACCCUGUCCCGUCCCUGCGGUGCUAAAGCAGAGUGCCAUGCAUCUCAGCACACCACUCAGUGUCGGUGUGAGGUAGGCUACCAUGGAGACCCAUAUGCAACCUGUACCACUAUUGGGUGUAGGACUGACUCGUCCUGCCCCACCACCCAUGGUUGUGUCAAUGGUAUCUGUGUUGACCGGUGUACAGUCGACAACCCAUGUGACGCCAGCCAAGUCUGCAACGCUCAAGACCACCAAGUAAACUGCUCGUGUGCCUCCGGCUUCACCCGUGAAAGAGGAACAUGUGUCCCCAAAAUUGGCUGUUCCUCAGAUGAAAACUGCAGCCCAGAAACAGCUUGUGUGGACGGUACCUGUCAAGACCUGUGUAAGGUGUCGCCAUGCGGCCACCAAGCAAAUUGUACCGUACAGAAGAACUACGCUCUGGCCACCGUGUUUUGCCAGUGUGGUCCUGGACUGACUGGGGACCCCUUCACCCUGUGUGUCUCACUCCCACCCUCUGGCUGUAGCUCCCAGUACGACUGCCUUUGGGAUCAGACAUGUGUAGAUGGUCGUUGUGUUGAUCCUUGCCGGGACACUCUUUGUGCUCCCGGGGCCACAUGUCGUGCCUUGGGACACCGUGGUGUAUGUUCCUGUGCUGCCGGCUACCAGGGUGACCCACAAGUACUGUGCACUGCAGUUGGGUGCACACAACGAAGUGACUGUCCAGUCGAGGAAGCAUGUGUCAAUGGGCGCUGUGUUAAUCCGUGUAAGUUUAGCGACCUCUGUGGUGCUGGAGCCGAGUGCCAGCCCACAGAAACAGGCCCGUCCUGCUCUUGUCCCGAAGGCUUCAUGGGUGAUCCAUACUCCAUAUGCCGCCCAGCAGAGUGCUCUGAGGACUCGCAGUGUCCCGCCCACCAAGCGUGCCAAGACCAACAGUGUCAAGACCCAUGUGAACAGCUGCAGUGUGUCACUAAUGCACAGUGCCGGGUCGAAAAUCACCAGGCCAAGUGUCAUUGCCUGGUGGGUUAUAUCGGUACCCCUGACCGCUACUGUUCUCCGCCACCCACUGCAGAGUGUGAGAAAGACCAAGACUGUCCUGGUCUACAAGGUUGUGUUGACGAAGAAUGCCAGGACUUGUGCGAGGCAGUACAUCCAUGUGGUACUAAUGCCAUAUGCAAAGUCUUGGACAACCAGCCCAUGAAAGCCAUGACUUGUAGCUGUCCAGAGAACUACGAAGGUGACCCUCACUAUGCCUGCACACCCAGCAAGCCAAAGGGUAAGGUGGACUGCAGUAGUGACCUGGAUUGUCCUCUAGUGCUAUCAUGUGUGUCAGGGGAAUGUCGCAGUCCUUGUCCUGGUGGCUGUGGCCUCAGCGCCACUUGUUCCGUCCUUGACCACCGCCCUGUCUGUCACUGCCAGCCUGGCUAUGCUGGUGACCCACACACUAGUUGCUUCAAGAUUGACUGUGAAUCAGAUGCUGAGUGUCCGCCAUCAGAGAUGUGUCAGCAUAACACCUGCAUAGACCCUUGCCGGAAGAACAACCCAUGUCCCUCCAGUGCCAUAUGUGUGGGUACCAACCACCUGGCCCAGUGCCAGUGCCCACCAGGAAUGUCUGGAAACCCUCAAGUGUCAUGUCAGUUGGUUGAGUGUAUGGCUGACCAAGAUUGUAAGAGCUUUGAGGCCUGUGUCAAUGGGGAGUGUAAGGAUCCCUGUAUAUACUACAAUCCCUGUGCCAAGGCUGCCACAUGUCAGGUGGCGAACCACAAGUAUGAGUGUGCCUGUCCACCAGGCCUCCACGGCGACCCAAGAUUCAGCUGUGAGGAGCCUAAGGACCCAAGUAGCUGUUUAGUUGACCAAGACUGCCCGCCCACCCAUGGUUGCAUUUUGAAAUCUUUGGUAACUCGCUACCAGAGUCAAAUCUCUGCCGUGUACAUACGACUUGAUGAUUCAGACUCAGGUUCAACAUGUCGUGACCUGUGCCAAGAGCAUAAGCCAUGUGGACCCAAUUCCAUCUGCUCAGUUAUCGACUCCAAGCCCCUUCGGUCAAUGAGCUGUGCCUGUCCGUCUGGCUACCAUGGCGAUGCCAAGGUCGAGUGUCGUGAAAUACCAUCACAAGGAGGCUGCACCCGUCACACAGACUGCCUGUUUAGUGAGGCCUGUGUUGAGGGCAUUUGUCGAGACCCUUGCAAUUGUGGCCUCAAUGCCCAGUGUCACGUGUCCCAACAUCGCCCCUUCUGCACGUGUGCCCCUGGUCACACCGGUGACCCACACACCACCUGCUACACAGUGGGCUGCGUUAGCAAUAUUGACUGUCCAGGUGACAAGGCAUGUGUGGAGCAGCAGUGUGUGGACCCAUGCACCGAGAAUUCAGUGUGUGCACCUUCAGCAAUGUGCACAGUAGAGCAGCACCAGGCAAAGUGUUCAUGUCAUCCAGGAGAGCGUGGUGACCCCACCCUCCAGUGUCUGGCUCUGGGCUGCCGUAACAAUGACGAGUGUCCUCCUAGUCAUGCCUGCAUUAAUGAGCAGUGUCAGGACCCAUGUAAAGAUGAUGUGUGUGGUGUGGGAGCCACCUGUCACAUCCACAACCGCAACCUUACUUGUAGCUGCCCUGAGGGAUACAAGGGCGACCCAAGAGUGGCAUGUCGGCCACAGUCACAUGCGUGUGUGGCUGACUAUGACUGUGGUGUUGGGCUGGUGUGUGUGCGUGGGGUGUGCACAGACCCCUGUAAGCAGGAGAAGCCAUGUGCACCCAACGCCAAGUGUACAGUGCAAGAAACACGACCCAUCAAGUCUGUCACCUGUACCUGUCCAGCAGAUUUUACAGGCGACGCUAAAGUCCAGUGCCGGAAAAGUAUGGAAUUUCCCAAACCUUUUCUUCCAAACCAUCGUUAUGUCUGUAGUCAUCACAUGCUCAUGAAUUCUUCUUUGCCUGUCCCUAUUCAAGUUAAUUUUCCUUUACUAAAAUUAAAAGUAAUAAUUUUUAGAAUACUGUCUUUAACUCCCCCGCCUGAGGCGCCGUGCUUGAGUGACAACGAGUGCCCGGACAGCCUGGCGUGCCUAGAUGGCCAAUGCGUGGACCCGUGUUCCUGCGGCGAGAAUACCGUGUGUCGUGUUGUCAACCAUCACGCCAUCUGCUCCUGUGCCCCGGGCUAUGGCGGCGACCCUUAUAAUUCCUGUUUCUACAAGGGCUGUAGCUCUGAUGACAGCUGCCCACCAACACACAAGUGCCACAAUGGGUACUGUGUCGACCCCUGCCACAUCAACAACCCAUGUGCUAUCAACGCUGAGUGUUUCUCUGUUGACCGUGAGACGCGAUGUCGCUGUCCCCCAGGCCUGGAGGGAGACCCACACAUCAAGUGUGAGACUCUUACAUGUCUGCAGGAUAAUGAUUGUCCACGAGACCGAACCUGUCGCGAUGGCCAGUGUGUUGACCCCUGCAUAUACACCACAUGUGCCAGUAGUGCCACCUGCACCCCCACUGACCACCGUGGAGAGUGCCAGUGCCCUCCAGGCUACCAAGGUGACCCAACAUUCAAAUGUGUGCCAGAUACUAAGCCAUCCUGCACCAGAGAUAAGGAAUGUCGGGAGGGUCUGGGAUGCAUUAGUGGACGGUGCCAGGAGCUUUGUGGCACUGAUCUGUGCGGGGUCAAUGCUGUGUGCCACGUGGUAGAGUCAGCACCCUUCAGGACGAUGGUGUGCGAGUGUCUGCCGGGCCACCACGGCGAUGCCCACACACAGUGCAGACCCAUUCCAGAGAAAUUAGGUUGUGUGCGUGACACGGACUGUGCCUUGGGCCUGGCGUGUGUGGAGGGUGUUUGUCGCGACCCCUGUGACUGUGGGGUCAAUGCGCUCUGUACUGUUGUCAAACAUAGACCAAUCUGUACAUGUGCUCCAGGUUACGAGGGCAACCCACAGAUUGCUUGUUCUCCGACCGGGUGCACUAGUGACUCACAGUGCCCUGAUGACCGUGCCUGCUACAAUGGUAAUUGCGUCAACCCCUGUUUACUGGACAACCAAUGUGCCCCACAAGCUGAGUGCCAGCCCCUCGCCCACAAAGCCACCUGCUUCUGUCCAUCUGGCACUAGCGGUGAUCCUCUCAGGGAGUGCAAGGUCGUCGGGUGUUCAACAAGCCGAGACUGUCCGCCUGACCGCAUGUGUCUUAAUGGCCGCUGUUUAGACCAGUGUAUUCACAACAACACUUGUGUACCAAAUGCCCAGUGUCGUGGCAUUGAUCACAGAGUUGAGUGUCGAUGUCCACCUGGUUUUGAAGGCGAACCAACAAUUGCAUGCAAAGAAAAGUUACGACGUGCCUGCCGUUCAGACUAUGACUGUGAGGAUGAGUAUGGGUGUAUGGACGGCACCUGCCAGAGACCUUGCCAAGAACUAGAGCCUUGCCAGGACCCGACAGUGUGUACACUGGUGGCUACACGGCCCCUCAAGACCAUGACCUGCACCUGUCCCUCACACAUGGUCACCUCCCGCCAGGGAGAGUGCGUGGACUUGGAGCAACCAAUAAGCGUGGGUUGUCGUGCGGAUAAUGAGUGUCCAGGCGACGAGGCCUGCAUCAACACCCGCUGUGUGACACCCUGUAGCUGUGGUGAGAAUACAGAGUGUUACGUCCGCGACCACCGUCCCAUCUGCACUUGUAUCCCAGGUUACCAAGGCAACCCUAACCUUGGAUGCUACGAAGCUGGUUGCACUAGAGAUGAGGAUUGCCCACUGGACACAAUGUGCACCAAAGGUGUGUGUGUGAACCCUUGUUUCGUGAACAACCCGUGUGACAUCAACGCCGAGUGUUACCCAGAAACCCAUCGCCCUAAGUGCCGCUGCCCUACUGGACUCGAGGGAGACCCCUAUAUUCGCUGUCAAGUUAUUGGUUGCAGAAGUAACUCUGAGUGCCCGACAGACAAGGCUUGCAUUAAUCGGAACUGCGUGGACCCUUGCUUACACGAGGACAACAUGUGUGCCCCCAACGCCAAGUGUUAUGUCUUCCAGCAUGUCAUUGGUUGUCAAUGUCCAGCUGAAAUGCCUUAUGGUGACCCAAGGCUCAAUUGUGAGAGAAAGAAGGUUGAAGCAGCUGAACCUGAAUGUCGUGUGGAUCCUGAUUGUCCUAGCAAGCAUGCAUGUAUUAAUGAACGCUGUGUCAACCCCUGCCACGUACUUGACCCAUGUGACAGAACAGCCAAAUGUGAGGUGGUCGACUCGGUGCCUGUACGGACCAUGAUCUGUAUAUGUCCUGAAGGUUUUAUUAUGACAGAGGAGGGUACCUGUGAACUAAUUGAUAUUGAAAUACCACCUGGAUGCCGUGCAGAUUCUGACUGUCCCGUAGUAGAAGCUUGUGUUAACCAUUUGUGCCGCAUUCCUUGUGCUUGUGGCCGAAACGCUGAAUGUGAGAUCAUCAACCACCGAGCUGUGUGUACCUGUAUGAAAGGUUUCCAAGGUAAUCCCGAAAUUGGUUGCAGCGAAGUCGGCUGCCAGCAUGACAGUGAUUGUGGGGACACUCAAGCUUGUUAUGACGGCGUGUGUGCCAACCCAUGCCUCGUUGAUGAUCCCUGCUCAGUUAAUGCGGAGUGUUACCCUCAGCAACACCGAGCCUAUUGCCGAUGUCCCUCUGGUCUUUUGGGUGAUGGCUAUACAGAGUGCAUUAUUAUUGGCUGCAGAGCCAACACAGAAUGUCCAAGUGACCGUGCAUGUAUUAACACCCAGUGUGUCGACCCAUGUAUCGAUGAUCCCUGUGCCCCUGACUCCGAAUGUAUCAUUCUUGACCAUGAAGCCCGGUGUCGUUGUCCACCCGGCACCACAGGAGAUCCCAUGGUGCGGUGCAGCCCUAUCAUACAGCCCCUUUGCAUUGUUGAUGCUGACUGCCCAAGUCAACAUGCUUGCAUCAACAAACAGUGUGUCAACCCGUGCAAGGUCUUAGAACCAUGUCAUGAGACUGCAGAGUGUAAAGUUGUUGAUACUGUCCCACUGAGGACAAUGAUUUGUGUAUGCCCCGAUGGUACAGUAGCUGAGGAAGGAGGAGAAUGUGAAUUGUUGCCACCGAUUAAGCCAAUAUGUAAAGUUGACCCAGAGUGUCCCUCGGAAAAAGCCUGUUUCAGAGGCGUCUGUAGAGACCCAUGCCAGUGUGGCGCUAAUGCUGACUGUGAGAUAGUUGAGCACCAUCCUGUGUGUACCUGUAAACGAGGCUAUGAAGGAGAUCCGGAAAUCAGAUGCUAUGAAAUUGGUUGUUAUGGUAAUGAUGACUGUCCAACUACUCAUGCAUGUCGCAAUGGGCAGUGUGCUCCAGUUUGUGGACCCGACAAUGAACCAUGUGGAGAAGUGGCCAUCUGCCAAGGAGUUAAGCAUGAAGCUGUCUGCUACUGUCCACCAGGCUCCCGGGGUAACCCACGCACUCAGUGCAUUGCUAUCGGCUGUGCCUCCAAUAGUGCCUGCCCUAGUGACCGCAGUUGCAUAAAUCAACAUUGUGAGAGUCCCUGUGCCUUUGAUCCAUGUAAGGAGCCUGCUGACUGUCGCGUCCAGGACCACACACCAGAGUGCAACUGUCCACCUGGCUUCAAUAGAACCUUGGACAAGGGAUGUGAAAUGAUCGUGCUGGGGUGCCGAUCUGAUUUGGAGUGCCCAAGCCAGACUGCCUGUAUCAACGAGAAGUGCAUCAACCCUUGCCACAUACUAGAUCCCUGCGGUGAAAAUACAGAGUGCCGCGUUGCAAACACAAUACCAGUCAGGACCAUAGCCUGUGAAUGUCUACCAGGAUACCAGGGUGAUGCAGCUGACAAGUGCAUCCCAACCCCGGUCUGCCCUCUGGAGAAAGGCUUCGUUCUGGUUGACGAUGACUGUGUGUGUCCCACUGACCGUAACUUCUACGUAGAUGAGAAUGGUAACUGCGUACACUGUCCUACGGAGCUGGGCUAUGUACUGACAGAGAAUGGAAUAUGUAUGUGUGAUCCUGAGAAAGGCUACCACCCAACUGGUGAUGGAUCUUGUGACUGUAUCCUGCCAGCUGUCAAGGACGACAAUGGGUACUGCAUCGUGGCAGUGACAAAGAUACCGCCCAUUCCAGUUGGGUGCUACGCCAACGAGGAUUGCCCUCAGGAUAAGAUGUGUAACCAAACAUUCUGUGUGCCUCCAUGUGCUGACUCACCUUGUGCCAAGUAUGCUCUGUGUAUCAAUGCCAAUCACAAGGCCAUUUGCAACUGUAUCUCUGGUUACUCUGGUGAUCCUUACCAGAAGGAUAAUGGCUGCAGGCCUACCUUCGCCAGGACAGACUUCCCUCGCCCUGAUAUGUUGGUCAACUGUCUGGCUGAUGGUGUGCAGGUGGACAUCAAUGUGGGUGACCCAGGCUUCAAUGGCGUCAUGUACGUGAAGGGUUACUCCAAGAAUGAAGAGUGUCGCAAGGUGGUCAGGCCAGAUGUUGAUGUUGGACCCAUUGAAUUCAAAGUCAAAUUCAACACUUGUGGCCUCAUCCAUGAAAAUGGUUUGGCAAGGUUCAUCCUGGUGCUACAGAAACAUCCCAAACUGGUGACUUACAAGGCUCAAGCAUACCAUGUUAAGUGUACCUAUAACACAGGCGAGAAAACAAUCACAAUUGGGUUCAACGUUUCCAUGUUAACAACAGCUGGCACCAUUGCCAACACAGGCCCUCCCCCAACUUGCCUCAUGAAGAUUACCAACCCUACUGGAGGACCUAUUGAUAAGGCUGAGAUUGGCCAACUCCUAAUGUUGAGAGUACAAGUUGAACCUUCAAAUAUCUACGGUGGCUUUGCACGCAGCUGCAUUGCGAAGACAGCCAACAUUGAUGGCAGUGACAACGAACACCUGGUGACAGAUGAGAACGGCUGUGCGACAGACCCAUCUAUAUUUGGCGAAUGGGAACAGGAUGAUGGGGAUAGUAAAGCACUUGUUGCUCUCUUUAAGGCAUUCAAGUUUCCAUCAUCUAAUUCUAUACGAUUCCAGUGUAACGUCCGGGUCUGCUUUGGCCGCUGCCAUCCAGUCAAUUGUAAUGGUUAUGAUGCAUUUGGUAAACGUCGCCGUCGCCAAGCAGAGUUAGAACUUGAUGGCCAGCUAAGAGAGAUCCAGGUCAGCUCUCAGGCAAUCCUCACAGUUGAGACCCGCACUGAGAGAUACACUGCAUUAGAGAAUCCAGAGAAUGCGGGAGCUGUUGAGGAAGUGUGUGUGAGCAAGUGGGGUUUCAUCAUCGCCCUUAUCAUCACGGCGCUCCUAGCACUUGUGGCAGUGGCAGUGGCUGUCUCCUGCUGGCUUAUGGCUUAUCGACGACGCCCUAAGCAUGGAGGACCUCUGCCUCACCCACCAGAGUUCCCCAACCCACUGUUCACUACACCUGAGCCAUUGGCUGAACCUUCACCAGACUACCUCUCCUGAGGGAAGUCACCCGGGGCUCCUUAGCCCUUAAUACUGUGAUUGACUCUCGUCUUGUAAACGAAUCACUUAGAAAAAGAUUCUCUGAAGUGACAGACAUAAAAAUGAAAUCUAUUAUAAAUUUCCAUAAAGAAAGGCCAAGACCUUCGUGUGAAUGACACUGAAAUAAAUUGUGACUUUUCACUGUGAAAAUUAGACCAGAAGUGUAACCUUGAGGUUUAUGAGGAAUUUGUUGAAGGAGCGGGGAACAUCUCUAGUGUGGCACAUUCCGUCAAUUUUAAUGUCCUAAGUUCAGCAGAAACCACUGGGAUGUGUCACAAAAGGGAGUUCCCAAAUCAUGCAACCAGUUUGGCUCAAGGAAAGAUAAAUGAACUUUUGUGAAGUAGUCUGAUUUUAUUUUUGUACAAAGUCAUUUCAUAAUGUUCUGUCUGAAAAUGUGCCCGUUCUGCUAUAUUUGUUUACAAGGCACUUUGGGCAUCAUUUCAGGGACGACAUAGCAGUGGCACACAGUCCCUAUCGACAGUGACAUAUAAUGUAGUCCGAUACUGUAGCUUACAAGUUGAUUUAUUCACCUGAAUAAGUACUCCAAAGAUUCCAUGUUAUUUUGUAUUUAAGCAUCAGCUACAAAAUGUGCUAGAAUACUGUAAAAUAAUAAUUAGGUGCUCAUGGACAAGUCCCUGUUAUGUCCAACUUCUUCAAGUGUCAAAUGUAAAGUGGAAAGUGAUUUUUACUCAUUCACUAAACAGUAAGAUACCACCUCUGUCUUAUGAGGAGCAUCUUGUUGUUAGAAUGAGCAACAAAAUCACUCAUUACAUUACAAUGUAUAAAGUUGGCCUGCCAUGGCGGCUAUGGGGAGUCACAGAUGGUUAUUGGCAGCUAAUGCUGCAAUCGGUUAUUAAAUAGUGGUUAGUGAUUUGUUUUUAUAAGAUUUUAGAAACGCACAAAGGUUGACCUCCCCCUAUCUACUUGGCAGGACUGAAUAAAUGGUUAUUGAGAUAUAUUAAGUUAUAUUUGUGCACGUAGAUAAUAGACUCAUGAAAGAGUAGCCGCUGAGACGUUUUUCCUGAAAGCGGAGACAACUUGUGGUUGCCACAGCUACACAUGAGUCAGUUGCUGUCAGCAUUUGCUAAGUGCUUGGUUGCAUUUUUUUUUUUUUGGGUGGAGCCACAAGUAUUGUCUGGCACAAGUCUCGGCUGUGUUCUGCCAAGUCAUGUCUUCCACACAAGUCUAAGGACAGAUAUUACUGAUAUUGCAUCAUUUGAAAAAUAUAUUUUCAAAAAUGUGAUAAUUUCGAUGUGUAAAGCUCAUAAGAGCGCCAAUCUAAACUAUUAUUUAGUCUAACCAUCACGCCUGAAUUGUCCCAAAAUAAUAAAAACUUGAAUCUUGCGCUAACCAAAUACUAGAGGCAAGCCAACAUGCAAGUGUUCUCUUCUAACUUGGUUAAUACAGACUGACUUCAACAAAGGCAUAUUUCUCUCACUUGUUACGCCCCUCAUUACUGUGAUCUGCGCCGUAGUGCGUUGCUUUAAUGCCAAUAUGCCUUUGUUUAACUCAUGGGAAAUAUUUCUUUUGCCAUUUUCAUCAAGAAUAGGUGGUGGGUUCUUAAAUCUUCAAGCAAACCAAAGCAAACAUUAGUUCUAUUUACUGUACUUUGAUCUUCAACUAAAUAGGUGUUGGGUCUUCCGUUCGUCAUCAAGUCUUUCCACACACUGUGGCUUGCCUUUGAUCCCUUGUUGUCCUCAAUCUGGUAAAUAAUAAUUAUAACUUUCCAUGCUUUAAACAAGUGUUAAUAUGUCUCACCUUGUAACAUACUUGUGUUACUGAAUAAAGGAUACGGAAUAAAUUA